AUGAAACUCCAUCAAGUGCUAACUGGAGCAACGAAUACAUUCGACGACAAAGCAGCAGUCGCCGUUGGAAGCGUAGAUGAUCACCCUUUUACGGUAAGCAAGGUGCAAAAUCUCAUUUUCCGAUUGAUCGAUCAGCGAUCGCGGAUUGUUAUGUUAACACAUGAGUAAUGCAAUAACACUGACAAAUUCCAUGUAUAACUGAGAAUUGCAUUUUAUUCCAAUCUAACUUGCUUCAAGGUUUUGCUCAAUAUUUCUUAAGUAUUUCAAGUUUAAAGCUAGUCUCUCAAAACUCAGUUGAAAAAAUCUCAAAACUCACUAGGUACGCGCGUUUGCUUGUUCAGAUCAUAUUUCUUUCUUUUGUCUUGGUGGUGUUAAUUUUAUAGGUAGCCUAUCCUAUUUUAAAGAUAAAGCCAGUGACACAGUUUGCUGGUCAACAAAUGUUGCAACUCUUGUACAACAGCUAAUUGUUGAACAAAGUAUUAUGCAAUGUUGAAUCACAGCUUUCGACUAUGGCGUUAUUUCCGCCAAAAUUCAAGCUUUUAUAUGCAAAAUUGUUGCUUUGAGUUACAGUAAUGCUUGUUUUUACAAUCCAGUAUUUGACUUAUAUAAUCCAACAUUGAGCAUUCACUAUUCAAUGUUCGCAUUUCAAAAUCCAAUAUUCAACCUCUUUAAUUCAACAUUGUGCAUUGACAAUUCAACAUCCAUAUUUCAAAUACUAUUCACAUACGACAUUCUUGUUUUACUUCUUCGCAAAACGAAAGGCCAUAUUUUAAAUCCAUCUUUCCCUCACAUGUCAAGAUGGCGUCAAAAACCCUGAGAAGGUCUUGAUUGUGGAAACAGACCAUUAUUAUUAUCCAUUAUUAUCAGAUACCAUUAUUAUUAUUAUUAUUAUUAUUAUUAUUAUUAUUAUUAUUAUUAUUAUUAUUAUUAUUAUUAUUAUUAUUAUUAUCAUAUACCAUUAUUAUCUUAUGUUUAAUGAGAACAGAGAUGAGCUUUCUUCCAUUCAAAAAGUUUCAAAAUGGAAAUAAACUUUAUGUUAACAAAAACUUGGGUCAAAGAUGAUUUUUAUCAUUUCUUGUUUGUCAGGCUUAUGCAUCUGGUUGUGAUGUUGUUAUUCUUGUGAGUGGAUUCACCAGAGUGCAAGUCAUUCCUGGUUCACUGUAUGGGUACAAGGAAGUCAGCUGUAUAGACUGUUGUGAUUCUGAUGGAAAGGUACUUUGUGUUUCUAAUGCACAUGUUUAAAUUUAAUUUCGUUUUCAAGACAGUUUUGAUUUGUUCUCCUUUUAACUUAAAGUACAUUUUGUUGAAAUCCAAAAACCUCAAAACCUUGAUCAACAUUAACUCAUCAUGUAGGUUAAGAGUGAAAAUUUUCCUACUUUGUUGUUGAAUUCUGUAGGUUUUUGGUUUCACUGAUUUUUAUUGUGGUUUCUCAGUGUUUAUCAACCAUCUGUGGUUUUAUAGUUUCCAAUAGGUUACUAGUUUGAAAAAAUUCAAACCAAAAAAAAUGCUGAACCAUAACAUGCAUACAAGAAAAUUGUGAGUACAAAUUUAGCCUAUUCACAGUGGUCUAAAUUUGCAGUGUAAUUUUUAAUAUUGAAUCCAGGCCAAGUGGUGACAUAAUAUGCAAAUUCUAUGUAAAAUGUAAUUUGGUUAUGUUAAUUUUAUAAGGUGCAAAAUAGCAUUUAAAUAUGAUCUAAUGCAGAUGUUUCAUUACUGUGAAACUCACAAAACCAAGAGCACCAGAAUUACUUAUGGAAAUUUAUUGUGUUACAAGGAGAAAGCCAAUAAGGCAUGAGAAAACUAAACCUCAAACAGUAACAGUAAUUAGUUUGUAGUUUUGUAGUUUACUGUCGUGUCCUGAACUUACAGUGUAAUUCUGUCUGGUCAUUACACAAUCAACAUUCCUAAAAUUUUUCCAGGUGUUCACAGUUUUCUAAGUUUGACAAUAAGUGGGUGCACUUACAAAAACACAAAUAAUCAUGCAUGGAUUAAAACAGUGUAACUAGAUUAGAACCUUUUUUUACUUUCUGGUGGUAUUUACCUUAUUUUUCUGAUGCCUGACAGUGAAUUUAAAUUUAUUAACCAAUAAAUAAUUUAUAUCUGAAGUUCACACUAUCUUUGUUCUGUGAAACUUUUAAUCAUGAUUAUUAUCAUAGAAUGAAGAUGAUGUGAACUACGGAAAUAUAUAUUUAAAUGAAGAUAUAAUAAUAUUAUUGCACCAGUUAUGGCAGUUUAAGCAAAUGGAGUGCUGCAGCACUAGUGCAGAAGCCAUGGGUUCAAAUCCCAUUAAAGCUACCCAAUUAACAAUUGAGGAAAAAAUUAAUUUAGCAAUAAUAUUACUUAAAUUGCUUUUUCAAAUGCUACAAUUACAAAAUGUAUAUCUUCAUUUAAAUUAACAAAUGCUUAACUGAAUAGAUUGCAGCAUCCUAUGGGAAACAAGUCAUUUUAUUUGAAGCCAAAUCAGCAACAGCCACUAACAACCAUGUAAGUGUGAAGAUUUAUUUAACCUUUUAUGUUUAGGUCUAAGCAGUGACCGGAAACUACUUUCUCCUGGGUAUGUUAAUAUAUAUCCAAAAUGGGAGUUCAGGAGAGUGACGGAAGUGGUCAGCACCAUAUUUUUACACUAAAUAAUUAUCGCAGUGUCCAACAGGAAGGGACUUUCAUGAACCCCUCGUCACAUAACAGUGGAGCAAGAGAGAGUGUUGAGGUCUUUUUUGGUGUCAGUAAAAUACCGAUUUGGGGUUGGAUCAAUUAUUCAUUUCUGAUUUACAUGUUUUGACUCAUAAACACAAUAGGAAAAAAAAAACAAACUAGCGAAAGAGCAAAGAACCCUGAUACUGACCCUGAGUUGUCCUUUUACAGAUGGCCAGUAUUUUAUGACCAUGUUUUAUAAUCUGUACAGUGGAAGCUAUUUUAUGUAGUUGAUAUACAUGUAUUAACAAACGAGAUUCAGAGACGAAUGAGGUUUCAUUUCAGGUGUCAGCCUAUAGGAGCUUAAAAAUAAAGGUAGAAUCUAACUGGUAAACCUGAGAGUGUCCUACCCAAGUUUGCCGGCUUACGGGAAUGUUAAUUACAGAGUUUGUAUGUGUUUCAGGCCAUCAUAUAGUUUGGUUCACAGAACCAAACUAUAUGAUGUGAGUUUGAAUUAUGUAAACAAAACAACAGAAAUACAUGCUACAUAUACAAAAAUUUGUGAUGAAAGAACCAAACAAACUGGCAAAUAAGAGAUGUGCAAAAGCAAUUAUAGCAGUACUUGCUAUUUGUCCCUAAAGUAAUAACUAGCAUGAAAAGCCGUGAUACACAAAGUUAAUCCUGGCUCACAGUGAAGAUUCAAUAGCAUUCAAAUUUACAUGCUUCAGGAAAAUAUACAACUUUCAUAUGAACAUGGCGGCACAGGAAAGUCCUAGUCACGUGACUUGUAGCUUAAUUCAGUUUCAGUUCACCCCGAGCGUGAAUGGUGUGAAACACUCUGCACAGCUGAAAAGCUGCAAGUCUGUGACCUCAGCAUUCAGUCAUCAUCAUCAACUAGAAAAAGCACUACGAGCCUGUGAACUGCUCUUUCGACAUUUGUGUACUUCGCAGUGUCGCCCUGACACGGUUCUUGUAUGAUACAGUGACCUGUCGAACUUUGUUGUUGUGGCUGGGAUUGGGUUAAGUAAUGAGGCCGAUCCUCCAAUCACCUUGAAGAGCAUUGCUGUCUUGAAUCAAAAUGAUGUCCCCUUCCGUGGUAUUCCUCCUUUCCACAUGGCUGUAUCUGUCCCUGACUCUUUUCUUAAAUGGUCCCUGUGGCACCUCAGGCAAAGCUCUGCCGGGUAGGAGAUCAUUCUGACAAAGUUCACUUCCAUCAUCUGGAUGGUUUCUUGGGUGUUAGAUUGACUAGCUGCACUUCCUCAAACAUCAUGGUUUGCAACUCAUUGGUCUCCGACAGCUGCAUUUAGCACUUUCUUGAUGGAUUUCACAAAUGCUUCUGUUACGCCACUCAUCCAUGGAGCAUCGCCUGGAGUAAAAUUCCGUUUGAUUUUAUGCUUCACACAGAAUGCCUGGGGUUUGUGCUGGUCUAGCCUGCUGCCAGCAUUCUUUAACUCUUUAGAUGCAGACACGAGCUGGGUGCCGCAAUCACUGUAGAUCUUCUUAGACCAGCCUCUGAUACUUUAGAAUGGCCGCAUCACUUGGAGGAAGGAAUCAGUUGAGUAAUCCUUGCUGACAUUGACAUGCACUGCGUGGGAGGAGAAGCAGACCAAAGUCACUCCAUUGCAUUUUCGGCGAACUCUCUUCUGCACCUCUUCCAUGAUAGUUAAUGGUCCGAAGAAAUCUAUCCCAAAUGUAUAGAAUUGCAGCAAAGGCUGCAGUCUUGCAUACAAUGCACUUGUGACAAUGCUUUUGACUAACCUUUGGAGAAUAGUAAUCCAGAAGCGACUUCAGAUUAUAGCAACAGUAGCAGCAACGUCUAGGUGUCCACCCUUCCUGUGUUCAUCUUCAGCAAUCAGUUGCAAUAGACGGUGAUUGAGAGGGGGAAGGAUGAACGUUUGCCUGUUCCGUGUCGCCUGCAUCCAGCACUCCGCUCAGCCUCUGACAGCUACAACAGUCAAGCCAUCUUUAUACUUCGGACAGAGUCUAAUAAACUUGCCCUCUUCAACGUCCUUGGUAAUUAACUGUUGUACAUCCCUAAUCUUGAAUUGCUCAGCUGCAUCAAUGUCUUUGGUCUUGAGUUCACUCAGUCUGCUGGGUGAGUGUUCAGUAACUUUAUUAUGACACUUAUAAAGCUUCAGUUUUCUAGCUGUGGUAUUCGUCAAUAGCUCAUUCUUACUAAACCUUCCAAUGUUGAUUCUAGUUUCCAAUAUCUCUUUCUCCGUUGCCUAGCAUUCGUGACUGCUUUGUGGUGCUCGGGUGGCUCUUCUACAUUGGCAUGGCUUGAUACUGGCCACUCCUCUACUGACUGCCUGAAAAAGUCUGGGCCUCUCUGCUAUGCACCAUGUGGUCCUGGUUCUGUGGGGUUUUUCCUUCAAGUUACCCAGUCUGCAAUGUUCAAGUUUCCUGCUACCCAAAACUACUCCUGAGGACUUGUCUUGAAUCACUUUGAUUUGCUUCGCUGCGUAGGUAUUGAAGCGAUAGCUUUCCUUGCUUAUCAUGGCCUUAACUAUUUUUGCUGUGUACAAUGUGAUAAACAACAGUGAAAUGGUAUCUGGUCUCAGCCGGUGUGAAAACUCUCAGUCGCUUGCCAAUAACAGUGCCACUCAGCUCAAGGCACACAAUGUCAAUAACCAGGUAACAGGAGCUAUCCUGUUUUUGCUGGCAAUAAUUCGUGCUUCAUAUGUCCUAUCUUUUGUCAACCACCUCGCGUAGGCAACCACUAGGUAUGGAUUGCCAGAGCCAUCUGAGAAAACCACCUACACUGUGUCUUAAAUUGCAUUGCUAGGUUUAAUCCAUCUAGGGAAUUCUACUUCUUUUAACUGGAAUAACUACUCGAAGAAAGUUACCCAGUCAUGUCUCAAGCGGUCGGGAAUGGGAUCAUCCCAAUCCAGUUUCUUGUCCUGUCCCCAGAGCUUGCAAAGUAUGAUCUUCACAUAAACCAUAAACAAGGAUACCAGACCCAUAGGGUUGUACAUUCCAUUGACUUGAGUCAUUUCAUUCUCUUGGUUAGUGCUUCCGGGAUGCUUGCUGAGAUUUGCUCUCAAGUUGGUCUGGCUGUUUGUGUAUCUUUUGCUUCCUUUUUAGAGAAGUUCAGUUUGAUGUUUGACGUGUUCCAACCCAUACCAAGCACUCUUUCCAAUUCCAUGGCAUCAUCACUUGUGCCGAACAAACCUCGUGCGAGAUGCUGAUCUUCAUGGUUCUGUAUUUGAGCUUCUUGCCCUAUUUCCCUGCCGACUCUAGGCGUGGCCCACCCUUAAUUCUUAAACUGUCAUGCUCAAGGAUUUUGUCAAUUUCAGAUGUCAAGGUCAAGGCUUCUUCUCUUGUCUUAACGCUUUCUGAGAUGUCAUCCAUAUAGCUUUUUUUCAGAAUAGUCUCACAGGAGCGUGGAGACUCAUCACUGCUCAUUUCUGCUGUUUUGCAAAGCGAUACUAUUGCUAUGGUUCCUGACGGGCGAUCUCCCAUGUUCACGCCUGUCAUCGCAUACAUAUGUUUCAGGUUCUUUCUGGUCAUCUAGAUCCCUCCAAAGGAAACAAUGAGUCCUUUGAUCUAACAGAGGUAUAUUAAUUGAAUGCUACUCCUUCCUCUCUAAACCUUAGCAAAACAUUGGUCAAGUUGGUCAACAUGUCUGGGCCCUUGGCAUAGUUCUUGUUUAAUACAUGUCACCAGAAGUUUGCACUACUGUUAAACGCGAUGUGGCAAGGAGUGGUCUUGCUUUCUGGUUUAAGAACUUCAUGGUGGGAUAUGAAAAAAAAUUGGUAACUUGUAGUCUUUGGUCUCGUUUUCAGUCAAUUUGCGGGCAACACUGCUUUCAACCAUACCGGUACUUUCAAUCUGCUUGCGCUAUACUGUGGUGUGUACUGGGUCUCUACUGAGAUGUCUUUCUGUGGCUUUCAGGGCAGUGAAAGCAGCCCUCUUGUUCUCUGGUAAUGUUCUAGGAUCCUUGAUCCACAGGUAGCCUGCCUCCCAUUUCUUCUGAUCUGCCUUUUAGACAAGUUUGUCUUCAAUAAUCAUGUAUUCCGUUUCCUCCUUUAGUGUCAUAUGUUUUCCACCUGGAUGACACUGUCCACAUUUAGAUGAUCCACAUCUCGGGUUGCAUUCAACCCUUGACUGCCCUAACUCAUAGAAGUCAUUCACUCGCACCAUGGUAAGAUGGACAGUUGCGUGUUGUAGAACCUUGUUGAUCUCUUCAAUGAGUGUAGGGUGUUUACCUCCUAUCAGCGUUUCAAAUCCAUUCUCUAGCAGCAACAAGUGUCCAGUUGCUUGCUUUCAUACAGGGUGGAUAUAAGGCAGCAUACUCGUACUCAAUGAGACAGUCAACUUGUCCUUCCCUCCCUCUGUCUACUGAUGAGGACUUGUGUUUUUAAACAGCUUCACAAUACCAUCUACUUUGAUUGGACAGAUGUCUGUAGAUACUGUAUGUGAUGUACUCCAAGUAUGCUUCUGGUGACAACAGCAUUAGCAUUGUCAAUCAGGCAAAGUUCAUAGCCACAGGACUGUCGCUCUUCAACUACUCCCCCAACCUUAACUAUGUGAAGGUUGACUUUGUGUUCUCUUAGCUUCAUCAGUUUAGCUUGGUGAAAAGUUAUAAAGGAGAGGGUGCUGCCCCCAUCCCACGGUGUGUUCUGGGUGGUCCACUAGCCUCUUCGAUUGCCUCCAUUAAGCUUCUGGAGUUGUAGGAGGAUCUCCUCAUCCCUGCCAGUGGUCAUUCCGAAUAUCUCUUCACUAUGGAGGAUAUACCGGACGCGUGUGCUUCGUGUAGCAUGUUGUGGUGAGGCAUACCCCAACCGUCUUCUCUACAAGUGAAGUUUCUUCUGCAGGAUUUUGUCGUAUGGCCUUGCUCAAGGCACUUAAAGCAAGCAUUGUUCUCCUGAACCAAUUUAACCUUCUCUGACGCUGAUUUGCUGUUAAAGGCUUUGCACCUCUAUAUGGGGUGUCCAUGGUGGUUGGGGUGCAUCCAACAAGGCGGUUUCUCUUUACUGGACUUUCUGUCAAGUAAUAAUGUAUGUGACAAAUGGCUGGGCUCACUGAUUUUCUCUCUAAGGUCGCAAAACUUGUAUUCAAUCCUCUCUCUAAAUAGCAGCAGUAGGUUCAGGUGGGUUGGGAAAUUGUCUUUGGCAAUUCCAGGUUGUGUCUUGCUGGUAGCAAUCUUUAUCUACUCCUUCUCAACGGGUUCUGGUAGCUUCUCUUCAAUCAUACUGAUGAUGGUGGAGUUACUGAUCUCGUUUUCCAGGUCCAGACUCUUCAGAUCUAUUUGCGCUUUUUUGAUCACAUUUACCAUCUCAAGCAUUCCUUUAACGUCUGCGUCUACACUCUUUUUUAGCUUUUUUAUUUCCGACAUUAUAGCAUCCAGCAGCUUGCCCUCAUCUCCAUUCUUCUUGUCAAGUCGCUCCCAUAUUUGUUCAAUGUUUUCUUCUAAACCUUACAGUAUACUUUAUUUCUUACUUCAUCAGAUAGAAGUGCCUUUGUACAAAUGCUUCCUCACUAGGCUUGUAGAGUGGUUUGAUGUGCUUUACAAAUUCCUCUUUUAAUUUUGCAUACUUUCUUAAGUCUCCUUUGAAUGGGUCAAAUUUUAUUUUCUCGAGUCAGAUGCCACUAAAUGUACCGGGCUUGUCGUAAGGUGCAGCAGCUGAUUAAUCCUUCGCACUGUUUUGGCUGAUAAAGAUCUCCACCAUUUCACAAACCUUGUAGUACUUUUUUGCUUCCCAUUGCAUCUGUGUUAGGGACAAAACCAUUCUGGAUUGAUAUUUGACUUUAUAACAAUAAAACAAGCCAAGGAACGUUAAUGAUUAUUUUUGUUUUUUAAACUUUAUUUCCACACAAGGAAAUUUUUUCCCAACAAGAAAACCCACGAUAAGGCUGUAAAAGUGGCAGGAAAACAAACACUUACGCUACAGGAAUUGGCGCCAAAAUUCUCACCUUUCACAGAAAAUGUUUCUUUCUGAGACAUGUUUGAAUCUCCCAAUGUUUUACUAACUUUGAAAUUGUUACAAUCUUCAUAAGUUGUGAUGCCUUCUAAAAAAAGAGAUUUAAAUAAUCCCUCUUUCAAGCAAAAGGGAAAGAAAACUCUGGUUGCAGCUAAAAAAAGGUCUGGAAAAGCAUAUUCACCUUGGUUGCGAACAACAGUCCUAGAAAGGAUUGCGAGCGGUAUCUCGUCCAAAACAGUACUUGCUGUGGCUGGAAUAAGAGACAAAAACGCCCCCAAAAGAUGGAAAGACAUCUUUCAGGUGAGCAGAGAUGUGACUCCAUUGAAAAGAUCUGGUGGCAGGCCGAGAAAAGCAAAAAGACACUCUCCCGAAGAAAAAGUUUUGGAGAAACUCGCCAAAGACAACCCUUAUGCUAGCAUUGGAGGUUUUAGUGUGUCGACUUUUGAUUAAUCUGGUAUUGACAUCAGUUCAAGAACUGUCAGUCCACAACUGUACAGCAGAGCAGAUGAGAGGUUUGGCUACAAAACUCGAAAUAAAUCUUGCAGCGAAGACAAAUUGGACUGAGUCAUUGACAUGCGGAUGAGAUAUCUCGGAGGCAUGCACAAAACAAUCGAUCAAUCCCAGUGUUGUCCACAAGAUUAUUUUACUUCGUAAAUGAAUGACCUCUUUUUUUGGUGUCCUACGAUGAAAAGGCUGCUUUAGAAAAGGCAAACAGCUUUAGAGUUCCCUACCAUCUGAAGAAGUGCACUUUCUUCAUUCUGCGAUAGGACCAAGAGGCUACUACAAAUUUUGGCUUUCAGAAAACAACGCCAACGAUGCCGAAGUCAGGCACUUUGUACUCAACAAUAUUCCACCUUCAGCAUAUGCACCAAACCUUGGCAGUCCUCCAGUGCCUAUGGUAAUUUCCCCACUCAGCUUUUUUAUUUGGGAUCGUCUUGGCCGAGCAGGAACGUGCAAUAAUCCAUCUAAACAGCAUUGUAAACCUUUGAUACAUGAGCGGUUUAGACAAUCAAAGAUUCAAGUUAUGUUACCACCACCGAAGGGCCAUGCGGCAAAUCCAACGGAGCUGUUUCAAUGGCAAGCUCCUGGGAGAAGAGACCAGACAUAUGGUCCAGCAAAUUUUCGAGAGGCCCGAAUAGCAGUGUCAGAAGUUCUUGGCUGCCUUCGCUUUAAUACAGCAGCAUUUAGUGGCUGGUACAAAGCGUGAGCAACAGGCUGCCAUCUUCAAAACAGAAGGAAGACCGAUCUUGUCACAAGAAGAGUUGUCAGAUGACGAAAGUCCGAACAAAAUGUUGUAUUUCAGUGGCCAAAUAAGCUGUAGACUGUCCUAAAGUUUUUCUUCCGUUUUCCUGUCAAAUUCACAUAAAAACAUCUGCAAACUCGUCACAAUAUUCCAAACACAACAACAUUCGUUUUCAGUGAAAACAUGUGAUCAGUGUUUCUAAGAAAUCAUGUGAUUUUGCGUACCUUUGUGAUUUCGUUACCAAGUUUGUAGACGCCGUAAUGCAAGUCCUCAUUGCGUGAUCAACGUGAAAAUAUUUUUCCAUGUGUGGAAUUUAAGAAAGUUAAAAAAAAAUGUAUCAUUAAGGUUCCUAAGCUUGUUUUAUUUUUAUAAAGUAAAAUGUCAAUCCAGAACAGUUUUUUCCAGCAUACUAGGUAUUCUUCUUGUGCCUUCUCACAUGCACACAUCCUAACAUUCAGUUGUUUCUGGGCGUCCUUAACUGCACUAACUAGGUGUUCAGUGGUUGUAGCACUCGCGGUCGCUAUAAGGUUUUGGAUGGUCUUAAUUUACGUCUGGAACUUAAUUUCUUCCUGGUCUCUUAUGAGCCAACGAUUCUUCCAUCUGUUCCUUUGCUUUAAUUCUAGCUUUCUCAUUUUCUUCCUCCUUAGAAAUUUCUAACAACUCGCAUGACCUUACAUGUAUCUCUGCUUCCUCUAUGUCCUUUAAUACCAGUUUUGAGCUCCAUUUUUUGUGCUUUAGCUGCAUUUGAUUCUUCCAAAUAGCUGUCUGUUUUCCCCUCCAUCUCACUAAAUGUUUGAUUCAGUUCCUCAGUCCAUUUCUCAUCCAGUUCAUCCCCAGGAAGUAAUUUCACAUAUGCGUCAUGUUUGCCUUGAACUUUUUUCCAUACAGCUCUCAAUGUAUCAUAUCUGCUUUCGAUGGUUGUUACUAGUGCUUCGGCAGUCAUAGUUCGGUCUAGGUUGCUAAUCACUCAGGUAAAUUUUCCCUUUGCUGUUAUACAAGCUUCUUUGCUGAUCCUUGCUCGCUCAUAUCUGUUUGGCAAUCCUCGCUCCUACUCUCUGUUGGCAUUUCUCUGUUGGAAGGUAUGAAGUUGGCCUUCUGUGGAGAUUGAGCUUCCUAAAAAUCACAUACAAGCGGAGAAACGGCUACAACAACUUAAACGGUGUUUCCAACCUACAGCUGUAGUCCUGAAUUUGUUGCACAGUACAGACAGUGAUGAAUGGCGGUAUAGUUAAGGGUUAUGCAGUGAAAUUGUCAUAUGAACAAGUGGCUGGUACCAGCAGCCACAUAUGGUACCUUCCCCAUCAUGAAGUGAUCAACCUCACGGCUCAAGGCUCAAGGCUCAAGUAAGGGUGGUAUAUGAUGCAGCUGCACAAUUUGAAGGAACUAUAAGAUGACACUACAUUUGUUCAGGAAAGCAGAUUUGCCGUGCAUUGCUGCUUGGGCAUUGUAACAGACUGCCACCAACAAUGAGGCUAUGUUUGGGGAGGAUAUUCAUGAAAUUGUCAGGAAAAUUUUCUCUGUGCACCAUAGUUGGUUUUUGAAACCAUCAACAUAACAGGCAGUGCAUUCAUUAUUGGAACUAAUGUGAUUGUUACGCAAAGGGAACUUUUGCCAGACUAAAUUCAUUUCGAACAUCAAGGAUGUAUUGGCUGCCAUUCCAGCCGAAGAAAGAACAAUCAAGAAUCUGGACCUUGAUAAACUUUCCCUAGAGAGAGCCCUCAGACAGUAAUGGAAUGUUGUUACUGAUAUGUUUGGAGUCAAAGGAUCGCCGUCAUCAGGACAACUGAGGAACGACACAAGGCGAGGGUGUUUGUCAACAUUGAGCUCUAUCCUUGAUCCUCUUGGUAUGAUUGGGCUAGUUGUGUUGUUUGAGCUAGGGGAAAAGUGUGGCAAAUAUCUUGACUUUGUCAGAGUAUUCCACACUUCUACACCUUUGGGAAUUGUUGAACCAAGUAAAGAAUGACAAAGGGUUGUGACUAGGGGAAAAGUGUGACAAUAUCCUCACUUUGUCAGAGUAUUCCACUCUUCCACACUUCUGAGAAGUGUAGAACUAAGUAAUGAAUGACAAAGGGUUUGUGACUAGGGGAAAAGUGUGACAACAUCCUGUCUUUGUCCGACUUUUCCACACUUCUACACCUCUGGGAAGUGUAGAACUAAGUAAAGAAAGAGAAAGAGUUUGUGACUGAGUAAAAAUGUGACAAUAUCCUCAGUUUGUCAGACUAUUCCACACUCCCACACCUCUGAGAAGUGUAUAACUAAGGAUGAAAAAGGAAAGUAACGAUCCUGUGGCCAGCGCUAGACAUUGGUGACAUUAAUGUCUUAGAAGAUUUGUGAAUCGUAGAGGACCACCUAAAUCCAUGUACUCUGACAAUGGAACCAAUUUUGUCUGCACCGGAAAGGAGAUCAGACAGGCAAUGGAGAAUUGGAACCAACACCAAAUCAAGAAUGAACCCCUGAGGAGAGGGUACAGUGAGUGUUCCAGCCACCAAAGGCUUCCCAUGCUAAUGGGGUCUGGGAAAGGCUGAUUUGUAGUGCUUGAACAGCCCUGAAAGUGAUACUUGAAAAAAGUUUUGUUGAAGAAGAUUUAGAGGCAAUCUUUAAUUCCAGACCACUUUGUGCUGUUUCAGACGACCCGAAUGACUUUCAACCAUUAACACUAAAUCAACUAUUGUUGCAGAGAGAUUAGUAAUUUGCCACCUGGAUCCUUUGUGAAAGAAGAUAUGUUGUGGGGAAAGAAAUGGAGACAGAGGCAGAUAUAAGGUGACCACUUUUGGAGACGAUGGCUGAAGAAGUAUGUUCCAGCUCUACAGGAGAGACAGAAAUAGCACAGACCUCGACAAAACGUGCAGGUUGGAGAACUAGUACCUCUAGUGGAUCAAGACCUUCCCAGGGGAGAAUGGCAUGUGAGCCAUUAAUGUCAGCAAAGAGAUUGGCUCGUGGAAACUGUUGAAGUCAAGACCGGAUCUUCCUCGUCGUUUUUGCGACCCAUACAGAAAUCUUUUGUGUUAGAGGGAGCAGAGAACCUCUAUCGUGAUUAAGACAUUUGUUAGGAUAAAGGAUCGGACAUUGACAUUGUCAUUGACACUUAGUUAGUGGACUAAGUUUGUUUGGGAACUCACGCCUAGUUUGUUAUUGAAAUGCUUCACUUAGGUUGCACGUGGGGCAGGGUGUUGUGGCCGGGUACCCUGUUUCUUCUUCCCGCCUUUAAGGUCAUGUGAUAAGCUGUUUUUGUACGAAGUUACUCGAUGUAUUAGCAUGGAGCAAUUUCACCCAAAGUUUUUGAAGCCUUUCACUGCUUUUAGUUUGAUCUGGACAAUAUGUACAUCCUUGUUCUGUAUAGAUUGAAUGGUUUGUCCCGAUAAAAGAGUUAAAAGUAUGUUUACAGUGGAUUUGCAUGCCUACACACAAACUUGAUCCUGGCUGACAAUGAAGAUUCAAUAGCAUUCAAAUUUACUUGCUUCAGCAAAAUAUAAAACUUUCAUGCAAACAUGACAGUACAGCAUGGUCCUAGUCAUGUGACUUGUAGCUUAAUUCAGUCUCAGUUCACUCUGAGCACAAACGGUUUGAAACAGUAUGAGAGUUGAAACAGGGUUUUGUGAAUGUGGUUGUAAGUAGAGCUGUCCACUUACUAGAGCAUCCGUUAAGAGAGCUUCCACUGCAUUAUCGUCUUACGCAAGAAAAUGUUGGAAUUGACUGCAGCUGCUUGUGCUCAUCAUCAGAGGUUGGCAACUGACCUCAGCUCAUCAUCUGGCUGGACUGCAAAAAGGCACUUAAACUACAUGUACUGUAAUUUUUUUCAUAAACUGUAACAUAGAGUAUGUUAUACAAUAACAAGCAAGUCUUAAGAAGCAGUAUUUUACAUUAAAGGCAAGUACAGCUGUUACACUCCUUUUGGUUUUUUGGUCAUUUUUUGAGCAGGCCCUCUGAUAGGGUGCAAACCAUUGAGAAGUUGUGCUGAAUUUCCAGGUAACAAUUAUGCAACCGGAAAGGUCUAUUAUGGGAAAAAUUAUUCCUUUGUGCAAAAUUUCACCAUCACAAAAAGUAAUAAUAACGUAACAUAACAUUGUCAGAAACCCUGUUUAAGGUGGCUCCGUAAUUAAUACAAGAGCGUUUAGCUGUGACAAAUUUUCCGUCAUAACUUUUUCGAUUUUAACGCGAUGGCUGCGAAACUUUGCAAAGAACAACAUAUAUCAUUCGGCAAUAAUACGAAAUAUUCGGAUUUCAUUGAUGGUAAAUAUUUCUUGAGAAAUUAGCGCUUAAAAGGACCCUAAUGUUCAAAGAAAAUCGCGUCUAGUAAAAAAAUUUGCUGAUAUUUUUUACUGAAAUUUCUGGUAUCGGCUUUAAUUGAUAUAAUAAAUAUGCCAGAGGAAUUUCAGAAAAAUCGUUGGAGCAGAAGUCCGUAACUAAAAGUCGCUCAAAAUUCAGCUGCGAAAUUGUUUUGGAAUUUCAGAAAUAAAUUACUAUCAGAAAGAAGGAGACACCAGUUUGAAUUUUCGGGACAAGUAAAUUCAAUGUUUGCUAAUUCUUAAAACAAAAGCCGAUUGCCUAUCGUGCUAUUCUUUAAAAGGUACUUUUCAGUUUUAGAAGCACUAUAAAUUGCUCCAAACCUUGCUCUGAAGUAGAAUGACUUGUUCCUCGACAUUUUUAAAAUAUCCCUUGGCAGUUUUGGUUCAAACUCCUGCUACAUACAUUUUGAUGUAUUGCAAUGCAUCCUCAACGGCUUUUCUUGCUGUACGUUGUUUCCAAUUCAGGAAAAGGUAUUGGGAUUGUAAGCUACCUUGUAUCGAACCUCAGAUAGAACUGUCCAGCGCCUUUGUUUAUGACCAGAAAAUGAGCACGUGCGGCAGCUCUGCGAGGAAUUCGCACCUCAGCCAGGGGGAUUUAAUGAUAAUGAUACCCAUGUCUGUGAACCGAUCUGUAUAAACAUGUAUUGCAGAGCAAAACAUAAUAAUCAAGAAAAAUACCCAUUCAUUGAAGGAAGGAGUGACAAAAAUUUCAGAGUUGUAAAUUUAUUCACGGGCAGUAUUUUUGCGAUAAUUUUAUUUUGCACUGUGAUGUUAUUCGGUUCACAGGCAUGGUCAUCAUUGUCGUUCGUCCCCCUGGGUGAGGUGCGAAUUCGCAGAACUGCCGUCGGCUCAUUUUGUAGUCAUAAACAAAGGUGCUGGACAGUUCUAUCUGAGCUCUGAUAACGAGGUAGCGCCCAAUCUCAAUACUUUUUUUUCCUGAGUUGGAAGCAACGAACAGCAGUAAAAGUCGUUGAAAAUGAAUUGCAAUACAUCAAAAUGUAUGCAGCAGGAGUUUGAGCCAAAACUGCCAAGGGAUAUUUUAAAAAAUGUCAAGAACAAGUCAUUCUACUUCAGAGCAAGGUUUGGAGCAAUUUAUGGUGCUUCUAAAACUAAAAAGUACCUUUUAAAGAAUAGCACGAUAGGCAAUCGGCUUUUUGUUUUAAGAAUUAGCAAACGUUGAAUUUACUUGUCCCGAAAAUUCAAACUGGUGGCUCCUUCUACCUGAUAGUAAUUUAUUUUUUGAAAUUCCAAAGCAUUUUCACAGCUGAAUUUUGAGCGACUUUUAGUUACGGACUUCUGCUGCAACGAUUUUUCUGAAAUUCCUCUGGCAUAUUUAUUAUAUCAAUUAAAGCCGAUACCAGAAAUUUCAGUAAAAAAUAUCAGCAAAUUUUUUUACUAGACGCGAUUUUCUUCGAACAGUAGGGUCCUUUUAAGCGCUAAUUUCUCAAGAAAUAUUUACCAUCAAUGAAAUCGGAAUAUUUCGUAUUAUUGCGAAUGAUAUAUGUUGUUCUUUGCAAAGUUUCGCAGUCAUCGCGUUAAGAACCAAAAAGUUAUGACGGAAAAUUUGUCACAGCAAAAUGCUCUUGUAUUAAUUACGGAGCCACCUUAAAAGGAUUAUUCGUUACAUUUAGAGUUGUAUUAACUUGUUUAAAAUUUCACUUUGUCUUCAGGGGUUUCCUUUCCAUUGGGAAAAUUCAGCAGAACUGUGUUUAAAUUUCAGGAUUACUUGUUUAUCGUGGAAUAGAGAAGGUAUUUAAUAGCAUAAAUAAUUAUUAUGCAUAUUAAACCUUUUCUCUCAUGUAAUAGUGGCCAAAGAAAAAUUCUCAAGAACAGUCCAUUUUUCUGUAAAACCCUAGGAAUUAAUUUAAUAGUACUAUGCAGAAAGUCUGCCAACAAGGUUUUAUUUGGAUGGUAACAAUAUAGGAUUUUGUGCCCAGAUUAAUAACACAUGUACAAACUGUUUAAGGAGUGGCAAAUAGUUUUGCCAUAAUGUAGUCCUCGAGUUGAAGCAUUAAAUUUACAGCUGUAUGGCAACAAAACAACACAGUCAUGUUUUUGUUGUAGUUACAGUUUGUAAUUUUUUAUCUCAGGUAAUUUUUGUUUUUCUUUUGUUAUUGGGUAUGGUAAUGCAUGUUAAUGAAGUUGAAACAAAGGAAAAAUACAACUUACGUGAGAUAAAAAAUUACCUACAAUAUUUACACGACAUUAAUAGAAUUUUUGCAUUGAAAUUAAUAAAAUAAUUAAAAAGAUUACAGCAACACAUACUAGACUGUGUAUCAUCUUCCAGUUUGCUCUGCGGUUCGGAAUGCAUUCUACUCUUGAAUUGCUAUUUUUUACUUGUUACUCAUGACAAGUCUCUUUGUUGGAACUUAAUGUAAACUAUGGAUGGUUCAUAUCAAAUUUUGCCAAUGCUAUUUAUUAGACAACUGACUUAAAUCCUCUGACACAAUUAACACUUUUUUUAUUAUUAUGUCGCCUUUCAAAAACUUAGUAUUAUGGCUACUGCCUCCUAGCUUUAAGGAAGGCAUAGCCAUCAUGUUGUCAUCUCUGUGCGUUCAUAAGAAAGUCAGUAAGUAAGUUAACUUCCUGAGGAAGCCCAAUACCGCAACAAAACAAACUUGGCCCAGCCACUGUUGCAGCCACUUUCACGGUCCAAAAAUCAUAAAUGCUUCUUGCGAUUAAGUUCGCCAGCACAAGUAUUUUACAGAGAAGCUGGAGGCAAUUUGGACCAUCAGCUUCUAAAUAUUACAGAGGGAAAUCCAUGUAGUAGAACAUUGAAAUCAAUCGUUGAAUUCAUGGUACGGUAGAAUUUCCCCGGAGAAAAAGCCAUAAAUGAAAUAGUUUCAACUUCUUGGAAAGUGUAAGUUAAUGUGGCCUUGUGGUGUAGCUGUGUUUUUUCCAUUCUUCAAGAUUUGUUUUUUUUAAUUGCAGUAUUCUUCAAAAAUAAAGCAGUAGCCACAUACAUGUACAUAAAUACAGUCAUAAACUACAUAUUUCUUAAAGUAAUUGUUUGUCCUUUUGAUGUUGCUAUAGGGAAGAGGUUGCUUGUUGGUGGAGAUUUUAUUCAGCUGUGGAGUUGUGAAGAGUAUCAAGGACAGAAAAGCUUACUAGAAGACAAUGUGUUUUGGACUUGCAUCUGGGCGUGCAAGUAUGUUACUAAAGUGAUAUGUAGACCUUUUUUAUCUAGAGCUACAGUGUAUGAAUAAAAGUGGAUGAUGAAUCUCUUUCUUCCUUCACAACAAAUUCAGUGGAUUUACAAAGUGGUACCAGGACUGACCUACAUGUAGGGCCCAUUCAAUUGACUGUAUUGGAAUAGGAAUAAUAUGUGGAAUAAACUCUGGAAAUGGCCUGUUUUGGCAUUCAUGGCAUAAUAACAUCUAGUUUUUGUUGCAAUAAAAAUUAAAAUGCAUGUAGCAUGUAGAAGAGACAGUGAUAGAUGUUUCUGUUGGUUUCUGGCUGCCAUGUUGAUGCCCAUGUUGAUGGGCACCAACAUGGUAUCUCUAUACAAAGCGCUUAAAUUUGGUAAGGUAAUACUUUUUUUCUCCAUUCUAUUUUGGAAUGUGAUCAAUCAUACAUGUACGCAUCCUAAGGAAAUUUCAAUCACAUACAGUUAUAUGAUUGUCAUAAAUCUUCAGCUAACUGGUGAUGAUUUGUACUUUCACAAUGAAUGCCAAGGAAGUCAAUCCGUUACCUCUAUAUGUUCCUGACCAAUGCGAAAUGGUGUGGAGUGGGGGGAGCUGACAACUUUCACAAGAAAAUUUAUUGUUUGCUUUCCCGUAUGUGUUGGCACUUGGUGAUAUAAUUUAUUGACAAAAAAAAACCCCGGGAAAUCACUGCAAACAAAUGGUGGACAUUUUGAACAACCCGAACAUAACUACAACCUUAAAUAAAAAUAUUAAGAAAAGUGGACAUUGCCAUAUUUUGUUUUAAGAUAAAGCUCUUUUAGCCAAUAGCAAUUAUAAAUACUUCCCCUUCCCCCCAAAAAAACAUGUUGAAGUCCAGCUGGAUCAUUUCUUCCCCUGAACAAACAACAUUGAUUCGGGUGUGGUGGGGGGAGGGGUCAUAGCAGUACCAAAUCUGUAGGAUAGUUAUUCCGUGGGUGAGAAAGUGCAAAAUUCUUGACACCCUUUGUCUAAGAAUGUAGUUUUUCUUGGAGUCAACAUAAAGUUGUAUUAAUUUUCAACUCUGCUUAAUUUCACUCAGGCCCUCUGUACCUGUUCACCUUCUGCAGUUUUCUCCUGAUGGACAGUAUUUUUGUUCUGUUGGAAAGGUAUUUACUACCUUAAGUUACUACGUGUGAGCAUUUCCAUUUUUCAUGGAGUCAUGAUCGUUGCUAUGGACUGAGGGUUGGGAGAGUGCUUAAUUGUUCUUGCUGUUGAGACUAAGUUAAGCUCUUACCAUGUUAUUAACUAUUAGAUGUAAGCAUUUCCUUUGCUCAAGAGCAGUGGUGGUGGCUACUGACUCAGAGAUGGGAGGGGCCUACAGUGCUUCCUGUCGUAGAGACUAAGUUGAGUUCUGGAUUUGUGGUUUUCUUGUGGCACAUUACCUUGACUUUAUCAUUAUACCAAGUGCAAUACUCUACUGUCCUGAAACCCUGACACAAGACUGAAAUUUAUGUUGAAGCAUAACCGUUUAAUGAUUCCUCAAAAUAUCUCUUGCAGUUAAUGUUUUUUUCUUAAGGUGAAUUUAAAUUUUUAACAUGGUAAAAUCUAUUUAACUUGUUAAUAUUACAAGCAAAUAUUAGUUUUCUGGAAUCACUGAUUGCAGUAAAAAAAGGGUAAUAUAAUUGUUCACUGAAAGAAGCUGCUAUAUUUUUCGUACUUGGUUAAUAUUACUAUUUGUUUUACUCCAGCAUGACAGACUUGUUAAAUUGUGGUUUGACAACAAUCAAGGUGAGAAUACUUCAGAUGCAAUAAUUUUUAUGGCAUUGUCAGGAUCCUAAGAAUUCAUACCUUAGCAAUGGUAGACAUAAAAUUCAAAUUGAAGUUUGGCAGUCUCGGGUUCUAAGGGUUGGAUUUGUAAAGCCAUUCUAAUUUAAGCCAUGGGAUCUUUCCAAGAUCAUGGCCAAGACAGUCUACUAAUAAUCUUGACAAUUUUUCAGUAAACCUGCCAUAUGAAAUUGAUGGAGGUCAGAGCAAUGGUAUUUUAGACUACACCUUUGUGUACCUGCCCCAUCCUGGUCCUGUCACCGGGAUUUCCUGGAGAAAAACCAGUAAAUAUGUCCCUGUGUAAGUAAAGGCUCUUUUUAUUAGUGUUAUAUACAUGUGCAGUUGAACCGCCAAUUCUCGGCCACCCCUGUUAUGCGGCCAGUAGUCAAAGUCCUGAAGUAAUUGUAGAAAAGAAUGGGAAAUUAAACCUCUAUUAAGCAACUGCAGCCACUUUUUAUCUGUCCCAGCAAGAGUUCCUCCAUUGUUGUCACCUCUAUUAAGCAGCCAUCAAGAGCUUGAUCACUUAGUUUGGCUUUAUUUCAAGAAUAGGAUGAGGAAAAUAAAGGCUGAGGUAGAAGGUGACGACUGAUUGUGGACCAUUAAUGCUUCUCCUGUUGCACUUUUGUUUCAAGAUAAAUUGAUGUUUCUGCUAAAGAUUAUGCUAAGUUCUGAUGAAACUCUAUGGAGCAGCGAACCUCCAUUAGGCGGCCACUUGCUGGUACCCCGAGGGUGGCCGCUUAAUGGAGGGUCAACUGUUUUGUCACUUUCAUUCAAGUGUGUCACUUAUUUCAUAAUUAACAGGUUUCAAUUACCAUUUUCAGCUCAACUGUGGUCAAUUGCCUUCUUACAUCCUGCACUGACAAUGUUUGCCGCAUUUGGAGUGAAACUAUCAAGCAAUGUGAUCAUAAUGACCCACUCUCCUAUACAGCAUUGAAUCGUAGCAAGUGUCUGUGGCAUUUAUCUCAACAGUCAAGCAAAGGUCAAACAAAGGAUGAAGCGUUAGCAGACCCACUAUUAAGAUACCAACUCUCCUCAACUUUGCAAUUUCAUGUUGCCGCGGCAGUGAAUGCUUUGAGUGAUAUUCCCAUACUGUCCUCACUCGAUUCCCUUUCAAGUGGAAAUCACAGCAGCUUCGUUCUUCAUUGGUUGAACAACAAGGAGAUCCAGUUUACCAUGGCUGCAGAGUCUUGUCUUGGUGCUCCAGUUCUUGCCCUUGAAGUGCAGAGUGUUGAUGUCAGUGACGAUUCCUCCAUCAGUGGCAGUGAAGCUGAGUUGUUGGUGCCCAGUGAUGAUGAUAUUUUAAGUUCUCCCAAGUGUAAGUAUUUAUAGGACGUGAAAGUUUAUAUAGUCAGGUCAUGCAAAGCUUAGGACAAAGACAUACUAGAGCAUGCAGUAGCUGCGUGUCUCUUAUGGAUUAUUAGUUUCCCAUAAUUUUGCUUGGCACAGAUAUGAUGUACAGGUCCAAAGAGGGAUUCCAUAAAGGCUGGUAAAUAUUGCAUUUCCAUCAAAGGCAAUGCAGCACAUAGCAACUUUGCUCUCUCAAGUGCAAGUAUUUAUAGGGCGUGAAAGUUUGUGUAUCCAGGUCAUGCAAAGCUUGAUAGCACAUUAAGAAAUACCAGAGCAUACAGGUGUAGCUUCAUGCCUCUCAUGGAUUAUUAGUUUCCCAUAAUUUUGUCCAUAGAGGGAUUCCAUAUAUAGUAGAGCAAGGCUGGUAAAUAUUGCAUUUCCAUCAAAGGCAAUGCAGCACAUUGUAACUCUGCCCUUCAUUGAGCGAAUAUGUUUUUAAGCACAGUGUGCCCUCGCGAUUUUUGUCCAAGGACAGUAAGUUCUUGUGUUUAAAGGGAUUGUAACAAGAGAACACUUUUCUGAAAUAGUUAUUUUAUUCUAUUCAAGCGUCUCCAUUCAUAACCCGCAAACUUCAGACAGUCAAGGAGAAGCACUCCCCAGAAAAGGUGAAAGAAAUUAGAACACCAUCCUUGCCAAGAUCAAGAACACCUCUUGAUUACUUGAAACAUCUUCAAGAUGACACAUUAAGUGACGAUGAUGAAUCAAGUACAUAUGCUGUAGUUGUGUCUUCAUGUAUUGGAAACCUUCUGCAUGAGUGGUAUAACAGUCCAGAUACCCUGCUCGCUGUUCAUCCCGUUGAUGGUUCUCUUUUGGUGUGGCUUGUUGAGUGGCUUGACGUGCAGAAUGGUGUGCCGUACAGACAACCUCAAGUCAGCUUUUUAUCGCGUAUUCCCAGUGUCCUUCCACCGGCAGAUGCAAAUUCGCUCCUGAACAAACUCUUUGUGUAUUGCCCACGAGAGGACAAAGUGAGAGCCUUGAGAAAUGUCAUGGUUAAUAAGUAUGACUUUACUUCCGUAGCUCAUAGAAAAAGUGCAAAACCUGGUGGUAUGGCCCUCAAUAUUUCAAGGUCAAGUUAUGGGAGUAUACCUGGAGGAACACAUCCUACGGCAAUCAUGAUUUCUACUCACAGGGAUGGCGCACUGAAUCUAUGGCAACUGGCAUUUGCUGACAACUCGUCAUUUUCGACAAUAGUCAGUGUCUCUCAUCAUUUCCGUAGGUGUGGGCACAGGUAUCCUAUUACUAAUAUCUUAGCACAUCCAGAGCUGCCCUUGAUGCUUUCAACAUCAAGCCAUGUAAUUGAAGCCAGAAGUGACGCAGAUUUUUUCAGUCCUGUGGAUGAGAUCAAGGGCAAAUCCCGAAAGUUACAUUGUAAUGAACUCAUUGUCUGGAAGGUUGAAAGCGUGUCACCCUUGCGACAGAGUGGUGGAGUUAUGGAACUGACUCGUAUAAAUUCAUCAAGACCGAAUGCUUUUAUGAACGUGGCAUGGGUUCCAACAUUAUUCUUUCAUUCGCUGAUAACAUUUGACAGCAGCACGUUAAUUCCACCCCAUGCCGUAGCACCAUGUGCAUGCUUUUUGGCCUUGGAUGGAACUUGCUAUAGGUUUUACCAAGUCAUCCUUGAUGCUAGAACACUUCAAGGUUACAUCUCAAGUAACAAAUUUAGAACACGUUCAACUUUGUACUCUAGUGGUAGUGAAGAAAGCCUUGAUUCACUGGACUUUGAUAGCGAAAGUCAAUCAGUGCCUCUGGAGUAUUUCAUUGAAUCAAUAGUUAGUAGGCAGUCAGGUGCAACGCCGGGCUGCAUUCUUAAACUUUGCUCAUUGGUUGACUCCAAAGACAUUCUACGGGAGCCCUUGCUGCUCCAUGUGUUCACGGAGAACUCUGUGAAGUCAUCUUGCUACUGCUCACUUGACAAACAGGGUGUUGAGGAUUAUGAAGAACAGCAGCAUGGAGCCAAUACUUCAGAGAAUAGCUUUUAUGUUGUUGGUGUUGAAAACGUCACAGACAAUGACAAUGGUGGUGCUGUUGCUUCAACGAUUUACAUGUGGCAAGUGACUGUUACUGCUACAAAGCCAGAACCAAACAUCAAAGGAGCAGGGUUGGAAGCUAUGUCAGCAUAUCCUGAAGUCGUACAGCCCAUAAGCAGGAGUAGUAGCAGUACUUCCACCAGGAGUGUGAGCCCCCUAGACUUACCACAGUUAGGUCAUGUGACCAGUAGCAUUGUUUCUCGGAAUGUGUGUACUCAGAGACUACCACUUCCAAGUGGAACAAUUGUCCUGACGGCUACUAGAGCUGCAGAUAAAAUGUCAUCCUCAGCAGUCAAUCCGACUUGUCCAGCACAGUAUUUGUUCACCACAUCUUGCUCUGAUGGUAGAGUAAGAUUUUGGUCUUGUAAGGAAAUCGAAGCUGAAAAGGAGUUCGUUUUUGAAGAAACCUCCUGGGUCUCUUUUGGACAGAAAUGCUGUCAUACAACAAAGAAGUUGGAUAGCCGAGCCUUGGGAUUGAAUGCCCCUGGUGAGGUUCUUUCCCUUAGUUGUGCUUAUACUGGGAGGAUUGCUACGCUUUGCAGGAAGAACAACGGAGAGGAAAACGGGGCUGAACUUUUAGUCUGCAUCUGGGAGAAUGAGUCUUCAGGAGGAAUGGACUGGAUCCUUGAAGACUCACUAAAACUCGACUGUCCAUUUAUCCCUGACAAUUCACAGAUUCGUCUCGAGUGGACUUCAGCUGAAGAUGGGACUUACAUUCUCACAGUCUGUAUCGGCAGUGAAGUUUUUAUUCUUGCGUGUGCCUCAAGAAUUGCUAACACAUCGGCAAGAGGAGAGAGCUCAACAAUUGGCAAAGAAACAUGGCUCCUUCUUCAUAGUAUCCAUCUAACGUCUGAGAAUAAGUGGCAGUUACUGACCAGGGCUUUAUCUUGGAUUCGCAAUGGAGUCCUUGUGGUGGGUUUAGGAACUGAGAUGCAAGUUUAUUCACAAUGGAAAGCAGUGACGGAUGGAACUCUCUCACCUUCUGACACGAUGACCUUUGCUCCAACAGCCACACUAGAGAAGGCUGUUGAUGCUUCUAGAGGCGAGAAAGGAAAUCUUGUCCCUCUGACGAUCUCUCCUGGUACUGGAAUUGGUUUGUUUGAAAGUGCAGCUGCCAUUGCUCCUGUUCUACCUCAAUUUCACCCCAAGCACCUGAUGGAACUCAUGAACUUUGGCAAGCUGAGAAGAGUCAGAGCCAUAUUGCACCAUUUGGUAAGUUUCUAGUUAUAAAGGAAUUAUAAUUUUCUCAGUGAAUUUCUAUCCAGUGGAUAUGGCCUUGAUCUCCCUACUGCUUUCUCAUUGGAGAGCAAUUUAUCCACUCGAGGGUAAAUUUCUAUCCAGUGUAUAUUGGACUUGAUCUACCCAUUGCUUACCCACUGGAUAGCAAUUUAUUCUUCAGAUAGCAUUCUACAACGUUGAGACUGAUCUCACAAGGUGUACAUUUUUAGGUGUACUGUGUUGCUGGGAGAGAGGCCAUGGAGGCGGCAUCCAAAGCAAUUGACCAUUCAUCUUCACACAACAGGCCUCGGCUUAGCAGCCUGAGUAGCAUGAAGAGUAUAGGGAAUGUUUCCAGUUCAAGUGAGACAGACCUCAGGGGAGUGGAGGGUGAUGACAAAGAUAGAGCUCUGUCCGUUCCACCAUUACCACUGUAUGCUCUUCUUGCUGCCGACAAAGACACAAGUGGAAGUGGGUCAGCUACGGCAGGUAUUGUGUUGUGCUUGUACCAUUCACACUAACGUUAGUUGAGAUAUUUUGUAAAAAACACUUUAUAUGCAAAAAUAUUACUGUCCUUUCACGCUUACAAUGUACUGAAAGCAAAGAGAACAAGGCCUUCAGAAAAAGAACCAUUCCAGCGAAAGAAUAGAUUGCCUUCAUUAAAUGCCCGGAGCUCUGAAUAUAGACCCGAGCUUAUGACAGAGUAAGUCUACUUACCCUUCCGUCAGGGCAUAUUGAUUUAUUAUCUGCAUUUACCAUGUCAUUUUAAGUGGCCUUGUUUGUUGGAAGAAACUUCAAAUGACGGCGCCCCGGGGGGGUGGGUAUGUGGUAUGUGGGUAUGUGCCGCCCGGGACUCCAAAUUGGCACCCCGUUCUACAAAAAAAUUCCCCUCAAAUAUAUACCCCGUUCUAGAAAUAGGCCAAUUUUUUAUACCCCGUUCUAGAAUUCGCCCUAAAACUGAUACCCCGUUCUAGAAAUGGGCUAUUUUUUUAUACUCCGUUCUAGAGUGCAACAAGAGUAUAACAGUGUGCUUGUUAACGCAUUGAACCGUAUUUUUAAAAGCAAUCUGUCCUUGAAACGAAUUUCAAAGGGCUGCUUACAAAACUGGAGCUUUCGUGCGUUCGAAAUAUUAUACCCCGUUCUAGAAAACGCCUCUGAAAUGGAUACCCCGUUCUAAACCAGGAGCUUCAAAAUCACGACCCCGUUGGGCGGCACAUACCCGUAUAGGUAAUGUAUGGGAGUACCCCCGGGGACGGCGCACAAGCAAAUAACAACUGGGUACAUUUUUAAUAAAGCCAUUUAUAGUAUAUAGACAACGCAUUACCGUAACAAGUUGAGCGUUGACGUUAAGCUGUUGGCCUUGUCUCCGUUAUCCUGUCAUUUCAAUUGGAAGGAGAUGUAAAAGAACCGACACUGCUACAGUCGAACCUCCCGUAAGCGACCACCCAAAAUGCCAAGACUGGGUGUUCGGUUACGAGAGGUGGUCGUUUACAAGAAUCGAACCACAGGGGGUCUCUUCGGAGAAGAGGUCCAGGUACAUCUACUUUAUAGAAGAUAAUUUACUGCAUGCAAUGUCUAAGUUACGACAUGUGUAGUUCCAUGUUAUCACUAAAGUUCUUCGUAUAUUCUAAGUCACAUAGUGCACACAGCGAAAAUAGAGAUCAGAGAAUGCGUCAAGUGGUCGCUUACAAGAGGUUAAAAAUAAUGGAAAAUAUUAACCGCCAGGCCUAAAAAAUGGUCUUGGUCGCUUACGGGAGGUGGUCGUUUACUAGAGGUUCCAACUGUAAGGCUUUGACUGUUUUUUUCGAUUGGCGGUCGCUUAUGGGGGUGGUCGCUUACGAGAGGUGGUCGCACAUGGGGUUCAACUGUGUUCGGAAAGAGUAGGGGACGUAGACCCCAAUGGCGCGGUCUAUCUCUCAUUGUAGCGGGGGAGUGGUGGGGGACUGUUUGGUGAUCCCUAUAAUUAGUGUCAUGCGCUGUUGCAGAGUCCCUACCAAAAUUGGCGAACCUAAGUAAGUAAAUGAAUAAGUUAAUGAUGGGUUAUUAUUGUUCAAUUGUUCAGCUGAAUCAGUAGAUGGUACCCAAGGCGUAUCAACAGAUGAGACAGACUAUAGUGCUCUCUUUGAAACAUCAAGAUUCAGUGCCAGUUUUGACUCAGAUGAAGAAGACAAAUACUUGGAUAGGCACAGAAGUAAGAGCAGUCCAACGCAUGUAGCUCAGGCUGGUAGCCCUGUUUACUUCGGCUUAGCACAGGUUUGUAACUAUGUAUUAUGUGACAGUAGUAUAGAGGAAACGUGUAAAACUGUAAUAAGAGUAGUCCAAUGCAUGUGGCUCAAGAUGGUAAACCUGUAGUGUUCACUGCGGCUAGUACAGGUUUUUAACUAAGUACUUCAUUGUAGAGCCUCAGGCUGGUGACCCUGUUCACUUCGGCUAAGCACAGGUUUGUAACUAUGUACUUUGUUGUAGUAGCAUGUGGGGAACGUUUCAAACCCAACUAAGAGUAGUCCAAAACAUGUGGCUCAUAGAGGUAGCCCGGUUGACUUCCAUUUAGAACUGGUUUGUAACUAUGUGUUUAACAAAUAGAUUCCACGUUACCGUGAAUCUGUUCAGUUAUAGAUCACAGAUGAUGUCAAAAUGUGGUAAAAACAAAGAAGUGGCACACGAGCCGUAGGCGAGUGUGUCACUAAUGUUUACCACAUUUUUGACGUCUUCUGUGAUCUAUUACUGAACAGACCUACGGCAACAUGGAGUCUAUUUGCUUUAUAAAAUGGUCAGAAAAGAAAAAAGAGCGAUACACGUACCUGCCUCGUACCGCUUGGCUGUUCGAGAAUUUGUGCUAGUUUAGGAAUUUUUAAGUCCCAAACGCUACCUUUCAUCUCUGCUUCUUCUUUUUCUUUAACUUUCUUGUAUCCAGUGUAUCAUUUAUUUGUGAAGAAUAUUAAAGGGGAGGGAAGGGGGCUUAAAAAAGAGGCAGCUUAUUCACUUUCUUCCCCUGAAAAGGAGGGGGGCUUAUUCGAGGGAGCGGAUAUUUGAGAGGGGGAGCUUAGUAAAGGAUUUACGGUAGAUAGUAGUAUAGUGGGAACGUUUACAACUAUAAUAAGAGUAGCCGAGAGUAGAGUAGGCUUGUAGCCCUGUUCACUUCAGCUAAGUACAGGUUUGUAACUAUGCAUUAUAUUUAGAACCCGAGUUAGAGUAGUUCAAUACAUGUGGCUCAGGCUGCUAUCGCUGCUAACUUCGGGUUAGCACUGGUGUUUAAACAUGUAUGUACUUAAUUGAUUUAGUAGCAUUAGUGGGAACGUUUAGAAUCCAAGUAACAGUAGUGCAAUACAGGUGACUCAGGCUGCCGGUAGCCCUGUUCACUUCGGGUUAGCACUGGUGUUUAACCAUGUAUGUUGUUCAUUGAUUGUAAUAGUGUAGUGGGAAUGGUUAGAGAUGAAGUAAGUGCAGUGUAACAUAUGUGGCUUAGGCGUGUGUCCCUAUUUAAGUUAGUAACGCUGUGUAUGUACAAAGAGCAUAGUGGUACUGUUUAGAACUCAUUAUCAUGUGUGCUAAGUGGCGUUUAUGAGCAAUUUCCUUUAGGUGAAAAGUAAUGAAAUCAACUUUAGUAACUUGUUUUGUGGAAUAUGUGAGUACUUUCUUUCUCCCUUAUUUAAUAUGUUCACAAGUUUCUUACCAAACUGUAUUUUAGGCCCGUUUGCUGUCAUACCAGCUCACAAAGAAACCACUUCCUGGCUUGACUAGCAUAGAACAACUAGAACUGUUAGCAUUGGCAGAUACAUUUGCCUCAGCCAAGCUAGAUUUGGAAGAGAGCCCAGGAUCCAUUGAAAGAGGAGUCAAGUUUGCGAAGAAAGAUGGUAAUGACUCUAUUUUUUUUUACUUUUUUGCUGAAGCGUCCACCAGUACCGUAAAUGAUGUAAUAGAUGCCCUCUUCCAAAUAGACGCCUCUUGUCAAAUGAACAUCCCUCCUACGAUUUUACGUUUGUAUUACACGCUCCCAUGAGAAUUACUCCAUAAUACUAGGAAAUAGCAAGAAGGAGUAAAAUCAUUCAAAAUGCUCAGUUUCUUGCUUGGUUAACAAGGUUUUGCGCAUUGUCUCUUGUUCAAUGUCAUGUUUAAAGUAAGGAUGGGCUACCAAUGACAGCAUAGUGACCCUGUACAACCUCCUCUCACAUAGGUUUGAUCUAAGAUAUCAUCAAGAUUUUCAAGGGUAUAAUUCCAGAUCUAAGUUUAACAUACGUUAAGACUGCUGCUAAGCGUAAAUGGGGCCAUUGGACAUCAAUUCAUUUUGCUAGUAAUGACUGGAAUGAUUUGAAUCAUGAUACACGAGAAGCUGGGGAUAUUGCAACCUGUAAGAGGCUUAUAAAGGGGAGGGGGCUAGCUUAUAGUAAUUUAUAUUUAGUAGUUUUAACAUCACUCUGACCUGUUAAUAAUAUUCUCAAAUUGCAUGUUUAGGUAUUGUUGGAUUGAGAAAGCAUAUUUAGUAUUUAGUAUUUUAUAAUUGUUUAUCUAGCUUUUUUACAUUUAUAUUUAUUUAUAUAUUUCGUUUUAUCAGGACCCUAUUGUAAAACACUUAGGUGAAGUAAGCUUCCUGAAUAAAGAUUGAUUUAUUAUUAUUAUUAUUAUUAUUAUUAUUGUUAUAUGUAACUUCUAUAAGAUUUGAAACAGCAUGUGAAACUCCAGACGGACUAGACGUAUUAAUGGAUAGACUGAAUAUUCUGCUAUUUGUAAACUCUCUCGCUUUUUUCACCGAACGCAUAUUUCUUUGGUUGAGAUUGUUACAUUUGUGAAAAUAAACGGUUAAAAAAGAGUUUUUAAAAGCAUAGUAUGAAUCUUCGGUUUACAGCAGGCCCCUUUCCGAAGAUGAUCGCUGGAUGGUUUGAAAUGAAGCAUUAUAGACAAGACUGGAUGUCAGAUUGAGUUCGAUACUUUUCUAUAAAUAUUGCGAUCUUGCCUUUCUAGAAUAUUAUAUAGACUUACAGGGCUUGAUGCCAUUGAUGCCAUCACUUUAAGACUACUCUAUGUCUCGUGUUGUUUUUCCUCAGAUGAAAGUUACCAUAGUAUUGGCGGUCUUAUGGGAGGUCCUGGAGGGGGAGGGGGUGGAUAUGCUACCACAGGCAGCAUUGGUGCCACAGCGGGUAGUGGUGGGGAUGCUGUUGAUGAAUGCGGACUGCGAUUCUUACUUGCCAUGCGACAUCAUACGUGUUUGAUGAGGUCACUUCCUCCAGUUCACAGAGCUGCACUUGAAGAAAAGGUGAGUUGAAUGGCCACUUGCUGACAGUGACGUCAGAUAGGCAAAUGUUCCCUCAUGAUUCGAUGAUCGUUCUAAAUUUAAAUUACUCACUGCUAACUUCAGCUGUAAACGCGUAAUGGACCACGCCCAAGGUCAUAUGGCUAGAUAUUGGUCAAGUGUUUCUUGCGUUUUUAUGUAUGGAGAAGGAAAAUAACGCAAAAAAGGAAAGAGGCCAGAUUUCAUCCAUCUUGACUGAACAAGCGUGGCCAAUAAAUGAGUCUCUGGACGAAAUCCUGCAGUGUGACUAUUUAAAAGAAACCCCUUUGGAAGUUUCUUUCACAUGAUAUUAUUUGGUUUUCAGCAUUUUAGCAAAUGAAAUUUGGGAAUUUGUGGGAAUUUGCUGCUAAAACUAUGGCCAAAACGCCACAAAAUACAAUUUGCACGUACAAGCAAAUUAAUUCUGCAGAGCAAAACAGAGCGCGUACUGUUCAAGGUCGCUCCAUGGGAGUUUGUCGAAGCCCUUUGCGGUUAUGUGUGCUUGACAAUGAAUAUGUUUCCUUGGCGUAGGGUUUGUCAUCAUCGUUCUAUGGCUGGGCGUUCCAUUCUGAGUCUGAGGAGGAGUUGUUAGCAAUGGUUCCACCGGUGUUAAGAGGCGAGGCAACCUGGUCAGAAUUGAGGAAAUACGGAAUAGGAUGGUGGGUCAGAAGCAACGACACACUGAGAAGGCUUAUAGAGAAGGUAAAAAAAAAAAACGAUGUAUACGACAUGAAAAUGUUCAUACAGUUGAACCUCUCCACAACGGCCACCUUGGGGACAGAAAAAAAUGACCGCCGUAGAGAGGUGGCGGUUGUAGAGAAGUUUAAACAAGAGUCAUUAUAUUGACUGUCGGCCACAAAAAGUGGCCGUUGUCGAGAGAUGGCCUUUAGUGGAGGUUCGACUGUAUCGUAAUAUCCACUCCCCUCAGACCUCAGGGCAUUUCAGGUAGAAUUUACAACAUUGGUUGGGGAACUUUCCAGACCACGUGGGACACAAUUUACAAUUAAUAAAGUCAUGAUUUAUGAAUGCCCCCUUAAGGUAAUUCACUUGAAAAUGAUGUACCAUCCAGAUUGUUUUCAAACUUGACACAAAUGUCAGCCAUAUAUUCAAAAACUGCAAUAAAGAGAUGGGGUCACCGUGCUUGUUUUCGCCUUGUGCGCUUGUAAUUCCGAGUGUUUUUUCCUAGUAGCGCGAAAUGUUCGAAGCUUAAAGAACCGUCAAAAAUUCUUGUUUUAUAGCAAAACAACGAAUCGCACUAAAACCUUAAGCCUGUUUGUUUGUCUGGGCUAUAUAUUUUAAAUUAAUAGGACAGUUUUCACAUUAUCUCUUACUUCUCUGUGGCUCUUAAUGCGGAAAUUCAAGUCAUUCAUAUCUAAAAAAAAUAAAACUUCUCCUAUCCAGACUUUUUUUUGUCCUUAAUAUAUUUUUUGUGUAACUAUAGCGAGUAAAAAGCACAAAUAAAUAAGGAGGAUCACUGUUCUCGCUUCCUCGAAAAACGACAACAAAGGGAGAAUUUCGGCUUCAAAUGAUCUUUUUGCGCGAGGGGACUGGGGCUAGUUUUAAGAUAAAUACCCUUUUAGCCGGGUAGAAUUAUCAAAAUCGCUAUUAAAAACAUUAGGACUACAAAAGGAGCCGUAAUUACCUCUUUUUAGGCGACCGGUGGAUAUCAUCGCCACCUUUGAAGUAACAAUUGUAUGUGCACGAGGUGAUGCGCUCUGCAAAACAAGGGAAUUGCCUUAAGUGAAGUUGAAUGUGAGAUAGACACAAGGGGAUGGCUAUUGGCAGAGAUUUGUUACGUUCCUAGUGGUUAGUUUACGUCCCAUAAGGUCACGUUACAGAGCAAAAGUAUUGAUACGGGGCCUGUAGGUUUUUAUCCUUAUCCGAAUAGACUAGAAAGCCUAACUAUUUGUGAUGUCGGAGCAAAGGCAGUAACUUCUCGUCAGUCAUUUUAAGGCCCCCUGAGUGUUGGUCCGACAGGGAAUCGAGUCUGGGUCUUCCACUUUACAGUCAAGUGCUCAACCAAUACACCUUUUUACCUUGUAUGUUCUGUUUUUCCAAUUCAGAUCACGAAAAAAUUUUCCAGGGAAUUUUCCUUUUGUCUUUUCAUUAAUUAUGCAUCCAUAGGCACGUGGAUGCACCUUUAUAAGACGAAAUUCGAAAAAAACAGUUCUCUCGGGUACCAUCAAGUGGUCUGAAAUGGGAAAACAAAACGUUCAAGCUAAAAACGUCUAUUGGACUAACCAGGCGGCGAAAGAUAGUUUUAAGUUUUGUAAAAGCCGUACAGAGUAUAGCCUUUACUCAAAGACGUUUUUAAUUCACCCUUGACCCCAUUUAAUAAUAAUAAUAGUAAUAUAAUAUAAUUAAUAAUAUAGCGCUAUUAAUACUAGUUAUUCAUAGCGCUUUACAAUUUUAAACCUUGUACUAACUAUAAAAUAGUUUUUAUAAUUUACCCUGACGUGCCUUUGUUUUCUAAAACCUCUUUCACACUUACGGUUCAGAAACCAGAAAUUAGGAUGAGCGAAACUUUGUACGGAUACCCCCCUUCCCUACCCUUCCCUCUCCCAGGGAAUGUUUCAAUUUUCUGACAGUAGCGAGAGUACAACAUGGAGCCAAUAUUCUUCCUUUACAGACGGCAAAGGCACAGUUUUCAAAGAUGCAAGAACCCAUUGAUUGUGCUUUGUUUUACCUCGCCAUGAGAAAGAAGAAUGUCAUUUGUGGUCUUUACAGGUUUGUAGUCAUCUGAAUGUUGAUAUUUUCGUCACAUUUUUUAUCUGCUGCGAUUUACUUUCUUUCGUUGACGAUAUAAUCGAGGCCGGUAGAUAUAUCUUGUUUUUUUCUUAUACGGAAAGUUUAAAAUAUUGCUUUUCGUUUUUCUGGGUGCUGGAGUUCGCGGUUUACUGCUCUGGUCGUAGCCUGAAAAAAGAGCCGACAUUUUUGGACGCCACCAACGGUUUCCCCACGAAAUAACGUCUGAGGAUCGAGCGCAUAAAUUCCAUACUUACGACGUGUCACUAUCCAGAUCUGGGUAGUGCUUCUGGCCCCGGUUGGAUGGCGCUAUCCACCGGAUAAAUCAGUAUCCUGCGGAUAAGUAUUUGGGAAACCAAUUGCGUUAUCCACUGGAUAGAGAUUUAUCCAUUGGAUAGAGCUAUCCACCUUUUGAACAGCUGGGGCCUGAUUGGUUGAAGAUUUGAUUAACCAAUGAGAAGCACUACCCAGAUCUAGCUACUGACACGUCAUCAGUACGGAAUUUCUGCGCUUAGACGUCAUUUCGCGGAGAAACCGUUGGUGGCGUCGCGAAAUGUCGGCUGUUUUCUCGUCUUGGACCUGAAAAGACUUGUUAACCACCACAUCUUUCUAUUUAGAACUGUAAGAGAUUCCAAGAUGUCACAGUUCUUUGCCAGGGAUUUCAAGGUGGACAGAUGGCGCAAAGCAGCUUUAAAGAAUGCUUAUUCUUUGUUGGGCAAACAGAGGUUUGAUCAUGCUGCAGCGUUUUUCCUUCUCGCAGGUUCUUUAUGGGAUGCCAUACAGGUAUCAAUUUGCGGUUUGUUGGGUGCAAAGUUACAUGUAAUGAUUCCACCUCAGUUACACAGCAUAUUACACAUAAACACUCCAUAGAAAGUAGUUCAGUGAAUCAGUUCAUCAGUACCCUUAUGUGAGUGCUCACAUUAUAAGAAUUUUUCCACAGAUUUAAAAGUUAGAACUCACCUUGCAAAGCUGGACCUACUACAAGUGCGCAGUAGCUUUCGCUUUAAAGGUCGCUUGAAUCUAGAAAUUUGGAUUUUGAAUCUAGGAGCAGAUUUAAGACAAGUACUGGGAACAUAUCACUUAACGUAAGGUUCCAGCUAAGAAUUGAACACGUAAAAGAUCGGAAAUGGCUCUCGUUUUGUGCUGAAUUAUCUUUUGUCCUUAAGAUCUGUUAAUAACAUUGAUGAAAAGUCGUCUUUAGUUCCCCUUUCUCCUCAAUAUUUGUCAAUCAAUCAAUUAAUUAAUCAAUCAAUUUAUCAAUCAAUCAAACUUAAUUUCAUGACCGUGACUGUGCGGACUACCGUGUACUUUUACAGGUAACAUUUUUUGAAAUUUUUUACAUUUUUCACUUCGUUUUUUUUCUGUUAGGUUUGUAUUGGUCGUCUGCACGACCUUCAACUGGCCAUGGUACUCGCUCGGUUGUACGAAGAAGAGACUUCCAGGGGUCCUCUGUACACUCGCAUCCUAAAGGAGUGCAUAUUAGGGCAGGGGGAUAACGCCCGAGACCCUAGUCAAGGUAAAAAAGAAACAAACCAAAAAACACUGUAAAAUGUUAACAGGAGAGUGGAAAAUGAUGUGGGCUUCAGACUAGCUCCUUCAUUCUCCAUCCUAGAUCAGCACAGUAUAACGUACUUUUGACGCUGCGCGACCUACCAUCCAAACGGAUCCAGUCUGAAGCCUAAUAAUAUACUUGUUGUGGUUUUGUGGCUCGUGAAAAGGAUAACCCAUCUCAAACUCUUUAUUUGAUGUAGAGGAAACGAAAGAAAUCACUUUCGUGAAGACGGUUUGGAUAUCGGAAACUAAUCACCAUGAAGUGUUGCUUAAUUUAGCGUUGGAUUUGUUAAAGACGUGUUGGUCAUUUGAAAAGCUUCAUCAAGCAAUCGACACAAUCUUUUAUCCGAUAAUUUAUAAGACCCCUUGAUCUCAGCGCUAAAUUCUAUUCUAGCCCCUUUUUUCAGCCCACCCAACCCUUGUCGGGAUAUUAUUAUCGGUCUGCAGACCAUGUGGAGUGUUUAAUAAUGAUAAUAAUCAUCAUCAUCAUCAUCAUCAUCAUCAUCAUCAUCAUCUUUAUUUCCAAGGACAAAAAUACAUAUCCUAAGUUACAGUGAAGUCAACUAUCAUUAUAAAACCUUAUGCUUAAAAAUUGACCUAUUUACAAAAAUUGUCUUAAAGCGCUGUGUGUUUAUUUUUGGCAAAAGGCACCCUACCUUACGUAAUUUGUACUUCGUUUGUUUUCUCUCUGGUAUUAUCCGACUUAAGGGGUGAACAUCUAGACUAAUUGAUUUCUUAAAAAAUAGAGCGAUCUUGUUUUUUCCAGUAGACUAAAAAUGUCUACUGGAUAUGAUAUGAAAUGCCACUUAUGACAUCUCUUCAGGAAACGCCGAACUAAACUAAGAUCUGAGUCCGAGGUUUGAUAUAUUAGCGAGCAUAAACAAAGACGUGCUCUAGCGACGCACGUCGAUCGGAAGUGGAUCUUUCGCAUUCUUGAGCAGUGGUUUUGCUCAAAUUUUCGGGCACAUCUUCUCCGUAAGGGUAAAUGCAAAUUUGUUAGCGUCAAGAGGGAAAAGGCCUUUCUUCCGGUUGACGAUUGUCGCCCCAAAAACGCCUUUGCUUAAGCUCCUUAUUACUUUAAGGACAAUAACCUACUUUGUAAACUUUCAGGGCCCAGUUGUUCGAAGGCCGAUUAGCGCUUAACCAGUGGUUAAAUUUAACCCGGGUUUCUUUUUCUGGUAUUCUAAAGCAUUUUCUCGGAUAAUUUUCUCUGUUAUUUUUACAUCUUCCAAUCAUCAACUUGUACACAACAAGAAUUAAAACUGAAAUGCUUUUGAAGCUUUCAAAUCUGAAUUCAAAUCUCGCACUAACCCUGGGUUAUCUUAACCCAGCUUUGAACAACUCGGCCCUGACCUGCAAAAAUGUGAUGGUGAUAUAUUGAGGAGGCAGGUGUCACUUUAAGAUUACGUAAUGUAGAUAUUAACAGGUUUACUUAAAUAUUUCAGACCCCUUCCUCAGAAGUAUAGCGUACUGGAUAUUGAAAGACUACAACCAAGCUUUAGAAACCUUGAUUUUUGAACCAGCAACAGACACAUCGCAGGAGAGGAAAUGUAAUCACCUCGCUGCUAAUGGCAACCCUGAUAUUUUCAACUUCUACUUGUAUCUGCGCAAACAUCCGUUGAUCAAACGACGGCGGUACAUGCAUGAAUAUGAUAGCAAACACAAGAUAAAACCGGUGGCACGAAAUGUCCCUUCAAGACAGAAAGGAAGUAUUCGUGAAGAAGAGAUCAUUGAUGAGCCGUUAACGCCUAUGGAGCGUCAGCUGUUUUUCAAGACAGCGCAUGCGCAUUUGAACUCUGGCUGCCCCACCCUGGCUUUGCAAGUGCUGAUGGAACUACCAGCUGCUGAUACCGACGAACGUGAUGUUAACAGACUCACAGAAGGUGACGCACCCGUCCAGGAACCCAGCGGAGUCGUUGAUGAUGUCACGGAUGACAUGAUCAAUACUGGGACGCUGAGUGACUUUUCAUUCAGUGGGACCUACACUGAUGCAAGCACCAACGGAAUUGUUGAAGAAGUGGACUGGAGCAAGCCAGUUUCCUCCAAACUGGAAGGUAAUUCAUCUUCCGACUUUGACUGGAGCCAGCCUAUUUCAUCUAAACUCGGUGGCGAUUCAGCUGCCGAUUUUGACUGGAGUCAGCCCUUGGCGUCUGAUCUCGGCGGGGAUACCGCUGAUGAUUUCGACUGGUCGAAACCUGUUUCAUCUAAACUAGGAGGUGAUGGUCUUGGAGAUUUGUCAAAUGGUUUUGACUGGAGCCAACCUGUGUCAACGAAGCUUGGAGGACUUGGGCUAGACAGUGUGAACGGCACAGACUUUGACGAAACGUCAUCUAGUUCUGUAGCAAAUCGUGACAAUGAUGUCGAUUCGUCGAGAAAGACAACCAACUCUGCCGACGAUGUCAAGUUAGAAAAUGCUGAUCAGCCUGUUUUGAAAUCAAAAGAGAUACGCCAGUUAGAUGUCAUGGCUCAGCAGAUGAAAUUUUCCGCGAUUUUGAAACUCUUGAUACAUGAACUUCAUGGACUUCCGUCCAGCUGUGAGAUUGCAGAUGAAGAUUUGAGGCCAUUUUUUCUAAAGUGGCUGGAAAAGGAGUUAGAGGCUCUUCACAAAAUGUCCGACUAUGGAAGUGUAGCUGAAGACAGUGACGAUGAAGUGGAAGAAGCUGUUGAAAUAAACGUUGAACAAGGUAUUAGAUAGGAGUGAGGGUUUUGUUGAUUUGCGACAAGGUGUGAACACCAAAUGGCAUAAUUCCCGACUACAGAAACCCUAGGGUACAAGCCAGGGAUUCCUGGGAUCGCUUGGGUGGACAAGGGUUAAUUAUGAUUGGUCGGUGGUGUUCAAGGCAACCAUUAACCAAUCACAAGUAACGCGUGUCCACCCAAAUGAUCCCACAAAUCGUUGCGCCGAGAGCCAUUCCCCAUUGGAAUGGGAAAUCUAAAAGAGAAGAACACUGGACAAUACCCACUCUUAACCCAAAAGUUAAUUUGAAAAUCGCGCUACAACAGUACAUUUCCAGAUAUAAGGGCCACGAUACCACACACGAUACAACACAUUGUGGGCCCGCUAGACUGUACAGCUGACAAGUGACAAAUAAGUGCGCAUGCGCUUGUUCGCCAUCUUGAAUGAGACCAUAAGUACGCGAAGCAGGGCAAGGUUGCUUCUCGUUUGUGUCUAUCAUAAAAUCGCCUUUCAAAGGCUAAAAUGCAGAGCUUGGUUAAGAAGAAUUAAGGACAGUUAUUUUUGUUUUUUACAGCGGAUGAAAUGCAAGAAGGGAGCACGGCAGAUAAGAAUCACAUAUCUUUGAAAAUCGAUCGCUCAGCUAAACGCAUUCAGUGGCUCAAGAAGAAUCAGAAACUUCUCACAAUGCUUCUCAACUAUUGUUCUCUUCACGGGGCCAGCGGCGGUGACUUGGCAGGUAACGCCCUUCUCUUAUUUGAUUUCCUUAACUCUUAGGCUGUGUUCGCACUUUACCGGAUAGCUAUAUCCGGUAUAUUAUGAACAGCAAUGGCACAGAACUAGAACAAGUUUUUCACACACAUCUAACAUCUUGCCGCAGCGUUUGGCCGAGAUGUUUUGGGACGCUUUCCAUUCAGUAAAACUUCCGGCUUGAAAUUUCGGAAAUUCCACGUGCCCAAUUGAACAUUACAUUCCGGUUGCACAGACCCGACCCAAGCCACCGCGCAUUUGGUUAUUGUUCUUGUAAGCAGGAUACAAAAGAGUGGUACUGGGAAGAACAAUUUUGUCAAAUGGAGAGGGACAUUUCGGUCCGACCGGCUGAGAUAACAGGACCGGUCAAAGUGGACUACCUUCAAAGCUGGUCUCGAAUAUUCUGAUCGGACCAAACCGAAAUGGUCCGUUCCAUUUUAUGUACUAACCGAAAUUUCCGGAAUUUUGGGUUGAAUGGAAAGCGCCCUUGGUCAACUAAAUCCCAGUCUUCACCCAUGAACAUUAACAUCCGUCUUAGCGGAUUCUAGUCCUCGCUUCUACGUAUCCACGUUCGCUGCGGUUUGGUCCGAUUUUGCCUAAUCAUGAAAGGCAACAAGGCAAAAGUUAUUUUAUUAAAUGAUUAUAACUACGCGUGAUGAAAUAACUCAAAACCUGAACUCUCAUUGCAACAGCAAUGCCUGCAAUAAUAGCGGAGCUUUCUCUCGCGCGCAGCGGAUCGGAAGAAAAAGGGUAAGAAAAUUUGGUUAUCUGUGCAUCUAAGAAAUUUUCGUUCUCACAAAAUUGUCCGUGUGUUCGUCCCCCUCUUAAUGUUAACGGAUGUGAAGUGUCUUACUAGCUUAAAAGUCCAAGGCAUUUAACUAGAUAUCGGACAUCCAAUGUUAUGAACAAUUGACAACUGCCAUGAUAGGUUACCCGCUGACCAGUGUCACAUGACUGUAUUGUGGGCUCAGGUGUACAAAUCAUUGAGAUGAAGUGUUUUUUUAAGUUCUUCGCUGGCCAGUUAAGGUAUUCAAGUGAUCGCAGGCUCAGAAGACUUAACUUUAGAAAGAGUUUUUAAAAGUACGCACGAGAGCUUCACUUUUGGCCUUUUGUUUAAAUCUAUAUUUUAGCUCUAUUUUGUAGACCAUUUAACACCUCUGCUUCUUUAAAAGGAAGAUCAUGGGAAGUGAACGAUGCUUAAACGAUUCAUUGGAUUUUUUAUUGCAGCGAUGAAUAUGGAGCUUCUGUUGCUGCUCCAUGAAGUGGAGCAGAUGCGUUCGCUAGUUUCUCCGCUGUACGUUCCGUCAGCGGGCCCAUCCGUUCCACCACUUAUUCUGGCGUCAGUGUCUGCUUAUUCGUUCCUGGCGAGUCCGCUGGGAUUUCUACAGUCUCUCACUCAAGAUAUUCUAAGAUUUCUUUUCAGGUAAGAGGAGGACGUCGCCAAGCAUCAGAAUGAAAUAAGAUUUCAUUUUGUAUGCUUAUCUUACUGAAUACCAAAUAUCACCAUGUGAAAGUACUGCUAAAGACGUUUCAUUUGAGUGGUAACAUUAUAGGGUUUUCAUUCGAGAACUCAAAUGUUAGAACCGCGCGCGUUCUUAGACUGAGCGGGGGGGGGGCCUUGCGUGACGAGACAAAAACGGCUGCGAGGGAGACUGAUUAGCAAGUAGAAUCAUGUGAAAGUGCUUCCGAAGAUGUUUCAUUUAAAUGGUAACACUGAAGGAUUUCAUUCACAGUCCGUGUCAACAGUUCGUUUUUGAUUGCUAAAGACUUUACCGUUUUGCUUAACCUUCAAACCCUUACUGUGAGUAUUCGCUAUUGGCCUCGCCCGCUGUCCUUUUUGGCCAUAUACAAGUUUUCCCGCUAAACGUAUCCAUACUGCGAAAAGAAGUGUGUUCGAUUUUUAAGUCAAGAUGCUGAAUAAUAAGGAAUGUCAUUGAAUUGGACGUUGCUUCAACUUGUUAUAAUAUUGAACAUAAUGUGUUAUUACACGCUUCUGUCCUAUAAAACGGAUCAGAAAUCUUAACUUCUAACGUUUAACGUCUGUAGCAUGAAGCGACUGACUUGGAACAAUGAAAGGGCGAGAUCUAUUUUGGAAUCUUGACGUCCGGGAAGCGAUGCCUAUUUCCCUUUCGUAAAGGGUCGUUGCCAUUUUUAACGGUCGAUGCCACCAUUGGUAACCAAGCCUUUAGUCAUGAUAGAUGUAAUAUAUUCCCUGGAUUAUGUGACAAUGAGGAAAAUACGUUUUUGAAUAGACUUAGAAAGAACGACGUUGACGCCCAAGUUGAAUUUACGCUAAAAGUUAUGGAAAGGGCUAGGGUCAGGUGUUAUUGAUGCAUCAGUUAAGAAAAACAGUUUGCCAGUUUGUGACUCAAAUUGUUCGGAAUUUUUGGCGGGUCGGUGUGGUGGUGUAGUGGUAAGGGAGAGAUAUUAGGAUACGAAAGGUCUGGGUUGGAGGUCCUGGUUCGACACUAGGUUGCGAUUUUCUUUCUUUUUAAUAGAAACACUCUCAAUAAAAGGUCAAAAAUUUUCUAAGUGUCUUAAAAAAUGGCAGCGACCGUUUACGAAAGGGGCAACUGUGGAGGCGAUAGUCUGCGCCACAGACGAAACUAAACCUCUGGGCCCCCACCUGUGUAGAAGGAUCUGAGUUCGCGCCAUGCUAAAAAUCAUCGUUGCGAAUUGUACCGUGUAACAUCACCUUAAAGGGUUAAGGUAACUGUUAACUUAGAGUCUUAUUAUACACAGCUUACCGGGUCCUCCGUCACCCAGCCUUCCCAUCCGCUUAGCAAAUGUCCUACACAACCUGACAGGGACCUUAUCAGACUGCAUGUAUCAGAGUCUUACUGGCAUGACUAAGGAAAAGGAUACUUUAAGUGAACGUCGCGGCUCUCUGAAGAUGGAAUCAUCAAGCGUAAAGACAGGUAGCGUUAGGGUAGCCACGACGAAGACGGCAACGACGACUUCAAAAAACAAUUGGUUUUGUGAGCAAACAACAGCUCUGCACUUGCAUCACGCUUUUUAGUACAUUUCUUUGACGUCCACUGCACGACUAUCAGACUUAAAACUCCUAAUGCGACGCUUUAUGGAGGACAUGAACAUACGAGGGCAAAAUUUUCCUUUCUCUUUUUGAAGCUGGAUUAAGUCCUGAAGAAUGCAAGUCCAGCAGAAAUCGCCUAUAUUUGACAAAUUUUUCCAAAUAGACGCGAUAAAGCUUGAAAGGAUGCAAAUUCAGUUUUUUGGGGCGACGCCGUUUCCACUACCGUCAUCGUCGUUGUUACAUAAGUUCCCUCUUGUCAUAACUAGUGAAUGCGAUCUAUUUUUCUGUUUGGUGCGCUCCAAGGCAGGACAGUUGUAAUGUUGUGACAUGGCCCAUUUAACGCCACACUUAAGCACUUAACUGGCUCCAGACCUGCAAAGUGCUCUCCCUUUAAGUUUGGCAAAAAAAAAAUGAAGAAUGACAGUAAAAUACAGCUAAGCUUUGACUGCUUUCAGUGAUACUUUCUGUUGAAGGUUCUUUGGUUAAAAAUAUAUCUUGUAUCCAAAUAAUUUUUUUUUUUUUACUUUUCGUAGGCAAAGACGGUCACAAGAUUAGUGGUGGUACCGAUGCUGCAAAAACAGCAAACCCCACAAGUUCCCCUUCGAAAUGGCCAGGGGUUCGCUUGCUCCUGUCUUUGUUGGCCACAGAAAACAGAGACAACAGUACCAAGCUACGGAUCUUAUUAAGCGAAGCUUGUGUAGCAGUGUAUUUGAGUCUUCUAGCCCUUGCUUGGUCCAAUUCCCAACCCAAUCAGCUGUACCGACUGGUGGUCAAUUCUCUCCAUUCUGGAAUGUGGGGAAAGGUGUUCGGUGGAGGCCUCAGAAGUGCUGUCCAGCAAACUGGAGGUAACUACAGUCGAACCCCGCUUUACAGACACCCGCGCGAUACGGAAGCCUUGUUAUUACGGACAGUUUUCCAUAUAUCCUUGGGGAAAGAAAACCCUUACAUUUAUUUUCCUUAAAUUCAACCCUUUUAAUACAGACACCGGUUUAUGGGAACAAUGGUUACUUUUUUCUUGUCCGAACAACAGAUUCUCAUAGAAAAUUAACCUCGCUAAUACGUACGGACGCUUGAUUGUAAUACUUACCUAUUCUGAAGGUACAAACCUUCGGAUGAUGCUGUAGUUGAGAUCGAUAAAGUAUAGACGCCAAUUUCUGACUAUUUUGGCAACAAAUUACGUUUUGUACAUAUGAGCGACUUUUGAAUGAUUUCGGGCACAUCCGCAGAAUAACGGUUUUUUGUAAGUUGCAGACGUUAAGUUUGACGAUGCUAAUAUUUUGUUUUAUUGAUUUAGUAUUUUAUUCCAAAACAUUGUCUUUUGAACCCUAUUAACAUGACAUGAAGGAACUCACGAUACCUGGACAACAUGCGACCAAGCAAAAAUUGUUUAAAUUCUGAAAGGGUGCCAAUUCUGUUUUCUUUACAGGGAGUGGAACCGACCCUAAGAAGAAACCUCGAACUCCUCCCAAAAGCAGCGUCGACAGCCGUGGAAGAGGACAAACCGGCGACAAGUACUGGCAAGGCGCUCGCCAGCGAUGGAACUUCAAGUUGUUGGGCCAGAGUCUAACUGAAACAAUGAGUCAGUGGCUCACAUCAGAAGUGAAACCCGUUUAUGUUGAACAGUUUGUCCCUCCAAGCACUACACUUCUGGAAUAUUUUAUCCACAAGGUACAGCAAGUAAGGCGGUGAAGUUCAAUAUCAUCAUUAAGAUUUGCAAGAAGUUAAAAUUCAGGUCGUAUUUUCCACUGGCUGAGGAACGAAAUAAGUAGAAAAUGUUUUCUCACACACCGCUGGGGCUGGGCCUGAGGGUUGUUUUGAUUUUACGUGCUCAGUGUUGUUUGUCAGUUACUUUUUUGCUGUCCGCCAUCUGACCGAAAUUUCAGAGCCCCAGUUCCCACCCAACCCUUCGUUUGAGUUGAAGACAUACACUCUGUUGUUUAGAUAUUCUUUAUUAAGAUGUCAGCAUAGAGUCUUACUAAGCUUAUAACUCUUGUUUCAUACUACUACUGUCUUUUGUCUACAUUUACGUAUAAUCGUAGGCUGAAUUGGUUGUAGAAAUAAAAUAGUCAGUUGGCGGCGGUCAGCUUGACAAUGGCUCCCAUGGGUGUGUGAGAAUUUACAAUUCAUCAUAAUUUGAUUUGAUUCUCGGGUUUUCGCGGUCAAACUUAUCGCGAAAUUACGAAAAUAAGGGUCCUUUUAAGUAAUGGUCCAGAUAAGAAGGAAAGAACCAAACGCAAUGAAAGCAUCGGAAUGCAAAGAGGUGCUAACUUUACUAUUGUUUUUACUACACUUCUGAUUGGUUUAAACAUCAAAUUUUGCGAAACGUUCGCAAAGCAGCAUGUAUAUUAAUCCCUUGUUUUCUAAUCAACUUCCUUAUAACAAAAUCUCGUCUGAGUCUAAGUAACACAGAAAUCCUAUGUGAGGAACAUGUAAAAUUGUAAACUUUUCGUGGCGAUUUUUUUGAACUCCUAUGAUUGGUCCAAAUCUUUAAACACACAAAAAACACCCUUUAAAAUGGAGUUUAAAUACAUUUUAUUUCCUACACCGCCUUUUUGUAGGUUUAGGCAUUCUCUGUGUGAAAGUGAAAACAUUCCUAACUGGGGAAAGAGUAUUGCGCCAUAAAAAAGGAAACUGCUUCCCGUCUUACCCGGAUCAUUACUUAAACUAGAAUGACUGAAUAUGUUUGUCAUUUCUUAAAUUCAUGAUCAAAUUUGUUUUGACCAAAGUUUUGAAUUAGAGAAUAAAUCCACACUUAAAUUUCGCAAACUUUCAAAGUAGACUUGAGUAUCUUAUGUUUCGAGCGACUGACUGACCGCGUUUCAUAACCUUCUGCCGCAUGCUUUCACUCGAAAGCCCGUCGCUUCGGCUCUAUUGUUUUUCAGUUUUGGACAAAAAUUUGUCAAGCCUGAGGCAGGACAAAGGCAUUUUUUGAAGGAAUUCUAAACAGCCUCACCACCUGUACGCUCUCUCUGACCACAAAAUAGACCUUUCCACGGUUUCUUUCAACUUUUGACGUGGACAAGGUCGGGAAAAUCCGUCAACUCCGCUGGAACGUCUGCCCCUCCCACCUCCACCAUACAAACGUCUGUAAUUUUUCGCAACUUUACGGACCUAUAUCUUCGCACGCUUGAGGGCUAUGGCUGUCAAACUUGGCAAUUGUACCAAUUUUAAGGCGGUGUUUUAAGUUUAGUGGUGUGGACGAAUUUUCCCUAACUGAUCCAUGUCAAAAGUUGAAAAAACCGCGGAAGGGUGUGUUUGCAAUGGAAGCAAAAAAGCCUACUUUUGAUGAGCACUAAACUCUUUUUCUUUUUGCAUUUUUCAGCCAGCCGAAGUAGGAGAGAAAGGGAUGAGGCAAUAUGAUUCUGAAGAUGAGGUCAGCGAGUCAGAGGAUGACGACCCCUUUGAAAGUGAUCAUGAGAGCGAUCAUGAUUAUUUCUCGUCAAAACGGAAGAAAAAAAUCGAGCCUACAGAUUAUUUAGACCAUGACUCGUACGGCUGGUGUCUUAUGAAUUACACCAUAAGUAAACUAGUCCUGCAUAACCUACAGACGUUUCUUCCUGACGUGGGGUUUGAACUUACAGGUAUGGCUAUACUUUAUCCUGCAUCUGACUCGUCUCCUUUGCUCCCACUGAAGUUAAAAUAACGGCGUAAUAUCAGCUUAACUUUGGGAGGCAAGAGUUAGAACGCUAGGGUCGCGGUUUCAAACCAUGGAGGGCAGGUCAAUAGUUAGGGUCUUACAAUAGCUGAGCAGCACCUGAUAGCUGAGUGAGAAACAAGAGUACAGCCAUUUAGAGAUCCGAAGAAAACCGCCCAAAGUCUGUCAUUCAAGUCUGAGGAGUCAAAUACAGGUAAACCCAGCCUUGCGUAGAUUAAGCGUGAUUGCCUGUAACAUGGGGGCGUUACGUGGGGGCAAGGGUGUUGAGUCUGGAAACCUUAGCUCUGAAGUUCUAAGUGCUAACCACUAGAAAAGCAUACCUCUACAACCUAAGUCCGAAUUCCAGAGAACCGCUUAAUAGGUAGAGCGGUUCGUUAAAUAGCUACACUGCUUAAUUAUGUGGACCUGUCAAUUGAUCUUUGUAAAUAACAAUUUGUCAAAAGCUGCUACCAUUAUUUCAAAUGAUAAUUAAAGUUCUUAUUUUUAUCCGUUAGAUUUGCCGUCGUUAUCUUCCCAGUUACACGCUGCUCUGAAGAUGGUCGAACGUUGGACUCAAACCUUUCAUGAUAAGCUGGAGAGUUUUCAGGGACCACCGCCUGACUUCAUCUCGCAAUUCCCCGUCAGCCAGGACGGAUUUCCCAGAGGUGGACGAGCGUUGAUGAGAUACAAGGCGCUGAUGGAUCCACAGAACACUCCUUUUAGGUAAUCACCCACCACGCGCGCGCGCGCGCGUGUGUGUGUUGUGUUGUGGUACCUCCAGUGGAGAUGUAGUCUGCUACACAGCCGUUUUUAGUGUCGUCACGCAAUGCUCCUCCCCACUAAGUUAGUGGAGCGUUGCGUGACGACACUAAAAACGGCUGUGUAGCAGACUAGUGGAGAUGAAGAGAACUUGGAAAAUCCCUUGCAAGUAAUUGUUACACAGGACUCUGCUCCUAAUGACAAUUUUUUGAUCGGCCUUAGGUUCAUCCCACUUCCCCGCUCCCCUACCCCCUAGAAAUGUUGAGCCCACAAGAGGUUUUAUUCCCAUCCAUUUUUCUAAAAUUCAACAUUGUUUAGGGUGGGAGGGGGGAGUUCGCUAGUUUUACUAAUAUCACUGGAAAGGUCGCAACACUUUUUAUAUCCAUUGUAGUCUUGCUUUGCGAGUUUUCGUUAAAUUGACUGAUGGCGCAACCGUUGCCACUCACAAGAUAUGUUGGCUUCUAACGUUGCUGUAUAUCUGCCCUGUUCUCCUCUUGGGGAGACGUUUCCGCUGAUGAUGACGACGUCGAUGAUGAUGAUGAUGGUGGCUCCUAACUUCUUUCGCCGAUACACUGCGUAGUUCACAUGCACCAAAGCCAAUUCCAAAAUCAUUACUUUGGCCAUCGUACUAGAGGCUGGCCUGACAAUUGCUUUUACUGCUGACCACCUGGAAAAACGCCACGCGAUAUUUUCAGUUGUAGAAAACUUCAGAUGACUCACAGACAUUCAGGCACUAAAAUUCGAUUCCUUGUUCCUUCUUGCUAUAUGUUACCUCGUUCUUUGUUGCUUCCUAGGUCCACUCGUAACUCUGCCGAACCUGUAAAACGUUUAUGGCGAACCUUAGUACAUCAGGAGUCCAUAAAAGAACUUUUUAUACAGAACAUAUUUAAGAGAGAGAUGGCAUCAAACGAAGAAGUAAGCCCUUUUCUCAUUUCCUUACUUUUUCCCAUUUCAUUCUCUUUUUCUUCCUUCCUCGCUUUCUUUCCUCCCUCUUCCCUCCUCCUCUGACUUAGCCUCUCCUCACCCUCUUCUAACUCCUUUUACACUACUCUCUCCCCUUCCCUUGAUCCCUUCUCUUUCCUAUUUUUCUCUUCCCUUCCUCCCUCCUACUUUUCUCCUACCCAUCCAUUCUUUCCAGCCCCCUGCUCAUUCCCUGCCUUCUCUCCGUUCUUUCUAUGCCAUUUCCUCCCCCUCCCCUUUUGAUCCCGCCCGCUUAUGCAAAAUUCGGGAGGCAAAUAAGGUGCAUUAUGGGAGAUGUACAAUUGUCGAAUAGCGAGUCACCGUAUUCAUUCGAUUAAACGCCGCACCUUUUUUUGCCUUGCGUAUUCAAGAGCAGCGUUUAUUCGAGGACGCUGUUUACUACGAAAUUAUAUUUCUGAAAUCUCUGCCAGUAAUAGGCCAUUUGCGAUGGCGUCAUUUUACUACUACGACCAGAAUCUUUUAGGGUUUUGCUUUCGUGUGCAAAUUAAGGCUUUUGUUAUUUAAACCUCACUGGGAUGAAAUGAAUUCUGGUCUUGGUAGUAAGAGACGUCAUCGUGCAAAUGGCCCAUUACGAUAAAUCAUUUUUAAAUUGUUUGUAAACCAGAGAGAUGUUAAAGUUCCAUUAUCUUAGUCUUUUGCUGAGAUACAAGUGUAACUGUCUGGAUGGUGUAGAUUACAAAUUUCUACCGAGUUUUUCUAUGUAUAUAAUCGCCAAAUAAACGCCGCAUUCUUCUGAUUGGGUGCGGUGUUUAUUCCGGGCGGCGGUUAUUGGUAAUUUUGCUGCUAUCUGCGGCGUUUAAUCGAGGGCGGCGCUUAAUCGAGUAAAUAUGGUUCAUUCUUCUGUCUGGCUUUUUUCCUACCUGUGUUUCUUCCUUUAGCCUUUCAUUUCUCCGUCUCUACUCAGCCCGCCCUUCGUCCUCUGCUCUUUUCUUACCCCUCCUGUUUCUGUUUUAGGUUGAUCGAGUUGAUGCUGCAAUCGAAACAAAGCCAGUAAAGAUAGUCUACAAAGAUGCCGAGGGUAUCAGCACAUUCUGCAUAAAUAAGGUACGUAUUCCCAACAAUACACUAUCGAGAAGGGAACUGGAGCCUAAUUGCGUCCCGCAGUUGUUUCUGGGAUGGUUACUGGGAACGCGCCGGUCAGCUAUUGGUCAUUUUUUCCCUGUCCCUAGUAUUAAACAGUCCCAACUCGGACCCAGCUUUCCUCGCGCUUUUUAAGUCCCGAAUGGCGGCUAGGCAGCCACCUGGCAGCUAACGGUUUAUUCAAGGUUGUGAAUUUGGUAUUUGCACAUUCAUUUCAGCGUUCAUCGGUCGUAACUUGUAGUUGUUUUUCUUCCCAGGCAAAUCCAAAUUGUAUCGCAGUAGGGAGUGUGAAGGAUGUUGAAGAAGUGGAUAUUUCGUGUUUAUUAAGUCCGGAACAAGUGAUGUGGAAUGACGAUGAAUUGGACCAUGAGAUGACUGAUGCUCAGAGAAGAAGGUUUGUAAAGUGUAAAGAAACUAAUUUGGAUAAAAUGUCUGUAAUUAUGAUAGCGGGCCUUAUCUCCAGGUUGCUAUAACGCAUGCGCGGCAUGCAUAUGUAGCCAGCAUUCCUUUGGUCUUCCAAUAAGAAUGAGUCAAAUACAUAGAACGCAAUCUGAUCACGUGCGUUGUGACCUUCUCUCGCGUAAAACUUACGCAAAGCACAGCGUUGGAACAAGAGCAUUUUGACCUUCGAUCGAUCUCACCCGCACUCCCUGACCUUUGGUACUACUUGUUCAUGUUAAAGAAGCUGUGUGUCACGAAUUCUCCCAGAGUUUGGACAGUGCAAACUACCACCGAGUUGAGCGAAAUAUAAAAAAACUGCUCAAAACGUUAAAAGAAGGUAUAAAUAAUACAGCAAAUACAAACGUAGGCACGGAUGGACAAACUUGAUGGAGAUUGAAAAGGAUUGCAAUUGUGGUUUUUGAAAACUUGUUACGCUAACAGUUUUUCAGAGUUCAUUUCUGUUGUUUGUAACGUGUGAAAUAAUACUGGGAAGACAUAUUUGUUUGAUAGGAAGCUGUGAUUUUGUCAUUCACAAAAUGUUUUCAGUUGCAUAGUGAUUAAGGACACGAAAUUGGCAUUCUAGCCAAAUUGAACGAGCCUGCCGUAACUCAGUUCCAUUAAUUUCUAUAGUAGUGUCAUUCUGCGGAAUGUGUCAGGUGGCAGUAAAACAGAUUACCCGCAUGAUGACAGCCUUCAUCCUUCAAUGCUACCACUCCUUAUUGUCUCAAAUUAAAAUUAUUUUGUAGUGUGGUGGGCCCAGUUCCUUGAAAAAAGUUUAACCCAGGAUUAAGCCAAAUUUUAAGCAAGGUUUACAAAAUACUGUUGUGCCUUUACUUCGAAAAAAAGAAAUAAUUUCACAAAAUGUUACUCUAAGCAAUGCAUAGGAAGAUAAAUACAGAAAGUGGAACAAACUUUUAAUCGUAGAUUAGCGCUAAUCGGCCUUUCUGGAACCCGGAUUGCAGCUGUUACUAUGUAACGAAUGCCUGAAUAGAUAAUUUCUAGAGUCUAGUCAAUUUAUACUCGGCUUAUUCUAAGCUAAGAAAACGGCCGACUUUUCCUGAUUCCACCACUGGUUCCUCGCAAAAUGACGUCAGAGGAACGACCGCAGAGAGAGGCUGAUAUAGCUACAGAACGGGAACUUCAGUUGACGGCGCGCGCAAACCAAACAUCUGGCUUGACCAAUUGCACAGCGGGAAAUUGGGCACCGGAAGUCGCGUUUAGUCCCUUCGUCCCGUUUUCCCGUCGUCAACUCGUUCUUCAGAGGUCUAUUCUUGUUCCAGAACACAAGCAAACGAACGCGCCCAUAGCUAUCUCGAAAAGCGCGCCAAAGUGGAGGGUAAGACGAGUUGGUUUGACAAGAGGUUAAGAAAUUUUCUGGGCUUUCUUGUUAAGAGGCACACGUCAGAGGAUUUCCAUGUUUUACAGUAAUUUUUUUUUCACCAAUAUUUGCGGCUCUUCCGUGUAAAUGGUAAGCGCUCUAAGAGUCACGUCUUUUCAAGACUAACAGCAUCUUGAGAUUAUGUCUAGUUUGAAAGUAAGCUCUCUUUUUGGAUGAGUCGCGAGAAGUCACGUGUGGGAGGGGGGUGGGGACGGGAAAGGAGACGCGAUAGUGAGAGUCGGGGAAAGAAAGGGAGAACUUUUUUUUUUUUCGUCCGUCCCCCGCGGACUGUCUUACGACUGACUUUUUUCGUUUCGUUUAUUAGUGAUGAACCGGACUACAAUCAGGCAGGUAGUAUCAGCCCCCAAAAGACGACACCAGGCGGCCAGUCUCAUUACUCAGGAAGAGUGGUAAGUGUUAAACAAAGUGCCUGCUAAAUAUACAAGAAGACCUCGUUAACUUGUACCCCGCUUCUUUUGAGGCUUUUCGCUUGAAUCAAAGUCAGAUUUCUGGUGCUUCAAUCAAACGUAGCUUUCAAUUACAGCAGCUUACGAUUGAAUGAUAUUUCUUUAAUUUGGCAAAGACAUGUUACACUUAGUGUGGCGAGUCAUUCGGACGAAAUAUACAUGCUUUUAGACCGAAUCAGUCAGAUUUAGGAAACGUUUAGGCCAUAUCUACAUCAUACCGGAUAGCCUCUCAUGUCGACGUGAAAAAAUAGUCCAUCCUGGUGUGAACAGAAACAGCAGAGAACUGUAACAAUUCGUCUAGGUAUCGAGCAUCUUGCCGCUGCGGUUGGCCGAGAGGGCUUGGUGCUCUAAAUCCCUGUCGUCACUCUUGAAUAUUUACUUCCGUCUCAGUGGGUUCCGGUUAUCGCUCCUAUUCAUUACGUCCGGUAUAGUUCGAUUACCUGUUCACCUCAAAGAGUGGCGCAGAAACCUAACCCAUAUGUGACUCUCCACUUUCAAGAUCGGCACGGUGUAGCUUCGCUCCGUUACAGAAACCGCGCUGAAAUCACUGUAUUUAUGUGUUAACAAAAGCCCUAUCCGGUAUGGUUGCCGUGCCAGGGCAAGAGGUAUCCCGUAUAUCGUAGACAUAACCUUGAUGUAACAUUAAGGAGCUCAAGCAACAAGGACGGCGACGGCUACGAAAACGUCACUUCAAAAGUGAAGUCGCGCUGCUUCAAACUUUAUCGCGCUUAUUCCAUCUCGUCCAAUUCGUCAAAUGUUGGCAAUUUUCUCUGGAGUUGAAUUUUAAAAGACCGUAUUGAAGUUCAGGAAAAGAAAAAGGCAAUCGUUGCCUUGUGUUGGCGUCCUCCACAAAACGUGAAACUACGCAUUUUCACGUCGUAGUCGUGCAGUGACGGCAGAAAAAUGUACAAAAAAGUGUGAUGCACGUGCAAAGUUGUUGCUUUGCUAAUCUAAACCUGUUGCUUUUUUGCCGUUCUCGUUUUCGUCGCUGUCGUCGUUGCUUAAGCUCUGUAUUGUCCAAUCACGUAAGACGAAAGCAACCCCAGUGGGCCAACAAAAUCUCAGAGCAAAAACGGUUGCCGGCUUUUCUUUUCUUUGGCAUGUGACGUGAUCGCGUUUUUGUUCUUUGCUUUUUACAGCUUCUUAGGAGGCCAGUUCAUGGCGUCAAACGGAUGGACUCUCAUCCCCAUCUACCUUACUGUAAGUAAAUUCAGUUAUAUCAAUCGCAUGAUACUGGUGAAAGAACACGACAAAAGAUGUUACCAGUGGCAAACCGGAUGACUGAAAACAUCUACCCUGGGGAAAAUUACCAUUUACAAAGACGCAGACAUGCAAGGGUGCCAGUGGUACUAAACUAAAAUACCAUAGUUAUCUCUGACUGCACGACGCGUCGGUGGGCGUGGCUCAGCAAAUGGUACCGAAAUUUUCUGACCGUCUCGGUUGGAUGGCCCUUGGAAAAAGGGGAAUAGUUUUGAGGAUUUCGACUUCUGUGGAAAUUUUGACCUAAAUGAGCUGCAACGAAAUGUCCGUUUUCCUUUGCAAAUCAUAAGCGCUCGACUAGUAAGCUCGAGUGACAUACCCAGUGCCAAUCGCGGAGAAACAAAUGUAUUAAGCCCUAGUUGGUUAAGAGAUAAAACUGAGAGUUCUUAGAGAAUGCUAUAAACAAACUGGCAGUAGCGCCUCCCCGAACUGAAAAGUUUCAAAUCAAGUAUUCGAUUCCUUGCCACAAUUUCCCAGAGUAAGGUGGUUUUUUGCACGGCUUCCCUGUAAAGCAGGAAGUUUUCUUUCUUUUACGCUUAAUAUCAGUUCAAUUUAAGUAGAUUCAUCCUAAUAUACUAUCAUUCCUUGUAAUUGCCUGAACGAUUUUACCGUGUCUAAAAAACGUUAUCUUGCUCAUGUUAUCUUUUCCUAUAAGAAUAUACGUCCCGUUGGAGGACUAAGCCGAUUUUGUUGUAAAUACGUUUAAUAUAAUGUACCAGUCAGUUCCAAAACCGCCCAUACCCCCAGCGGGCAUGUAACGUUUUUGAGAAAAAAUUUAAUCAAAUUCCCUGGUAUUUUGGCAGUUUAGAUGGUCAAAUGCCCCGCUGGCUAGUGCUUCAAAAAGCAUCAAAUUCCCCUCCCACCAGCGACUAUUCAAAAAUUUUCCCAUGCGUCAAACCGUUUAUUCAAAUGUAAAUAUCGUACUAAGCACAACCGAAAUAUACUAUACUUCAAAAUAUACUAUAUUUAUUUUUUCUGUAGAUAUCUCAGGCUCCCAAGAUGGCAGCAUUCGCAUGUGGGAGUUUGGUCAUUCUCAGGAAAUUACAUCGCAUCACACAUCAGGUUCUUAUCAAAGAGUCACCAGGGCACGGUUCAGCCCGCACGGGAACAAGGUAAUAUUGAUGUUAUAUUAAUGAGUACUGUCUUUACUGUAUUUAAAAACAAUUUUUAUUUUCUUUUUACUUAAAAGUAAUGAUAAUUUUACCUCCGAAAAUUAGUAUGUAAUAAAUAUAUCGCGGUUUUCCCUUCCAGUGUUGAACAUUAUGUAGCUUCUGCAUCGCUUUUUAUCUACAAAGAUGCAAUUAACAGACAGUAAUCGAAUGCUGGACUGAUAUUGGCUUAUGUCCGACCCAGUAUGAACUGUGGUGAGACAUUAUAACUAAGUUUGAGCCACUUUCCGCAUUAACAAUAAAGUUACACAACCAAAAUGAUCCAGACAUAUUUCAUUUGCCUGUAUCCGUUUUCCCACGCUUGAAUUGAAAGGGAAGUGUGGUUUUCCGCACGCUGAGGAACGAAUGAAGCGGAAAGCUGACUUUUUCAUACAGAGCUGGGAGAAUGGGUUCCAGUUUGCGGGUGGUCACAUGGUGUUUCAGAGUUCAGUUGUUCAGUUAUUUCCUGACCUGCCCCUCCCAUCCACCCUUCGUAUGUUUUGUGAGUUGUUUUGGCAUUUUUGAAGUAGUGCCAUAGCUUUGGUUGUUAUAUUUGAUUGUAUCUAGUCUCAGUGUCUUGUCAGCCGUAUAUUAUCUCUUAUGUGCUGUAGUACUUGUGAUUUGUGGUGUUAAUAUUAAAGGUCGGGCUGCAUGGUUCGCUUGGCAUGGCUCUAAUUUGUGUGUGAGAAAAUAUCCUUCAACUCUUUAAAUGAGAUGUAAAUUUCUGGUCAUCGCGUUAUUUGUGCCACAGGCAUACCAGCUAAGCGGUCGAAGGGGUACGUUAUGAGCAGUCAGUUAUGAGUUACUGCUUUUCUGUUUAAGGUUGGAAUAUCAGAUGUCAGUGGUCAGCUUUUGUUGUGGCAAGUCAGCAUUAGUAGUACUUCGCCUGAUCCAUUUCUGGUAAGACUAUUUUGUUGCUUAGUUCAAAGGUAAAAGAGACAUGAAGUUAUUUUUAUAACAGUUAGUUCGUCUCGUGAAAACUUUUGCUGUUUACCUAGUAUAUAAAAAAGCUGUUUUUGCGGAGGGGAUUAAGGUAUGGGGAGUAAGUAUAUUUGGCACGAAGUGGUAAUUGUGGGGACGGGACCGCCAUUUUAUUUAGUCACCUGAGCCACGCGACGGUCUAGCCGUCCACCACUAGGAUUGAUCCGGCCCUGGAGUCCCAACCCGCGACCUCCUUCCUACCAGACCAGCGCUUUACCAAUUAAACAAAGCGUGUAAUAUUCCUCGACCAUGGGCGUUUAGGCAGCGCAUGUCAGUCAGAAUAGCUCACGUUCAAUAUAUUUAAAUUCUAACACCACUCCGAGGCUUUAGGGUCAAAAUUGCAAAUUUUUUACGACUCCGUUGUCUCACAAUACCCAGAAGAGACUUGAACACAAAGAAGACCAAACCAAAUAUAGAAAAAUGACCAGAAAGCCACGGAGUCAUGGUAGAAUUUUAAUAUAUCGAACGUGAGCUAUUAUUUCGGAUGAAUUUAGGUUUCUGGGAAACUGCCCACCUACCCCUCUCCUAUCCAACAUUUUGCCCCAAGUGAGAAGUAAGUGUUAAUGUUGACUUAGGGGAGGGGUAGGUAGGUAGUUUCCCAGAAACCUAACUUGAUCCAUUAUUUCUUAACUGCUGGUUUUUCGUCUUCCAAUUACUCUUCUUUAUGAUAUCUAGAGAAGAAAAAUGGGCCGAGUUAGCUUUCGCAAAGAUUUCUGGUAUUGUUAUUGGGGACUCGUCGGUCAGCUAUUGGUCAAUUGUCCCCCUGUCCCCACUAACAGUCCCAGAGGACUUUGCGAAAGUCAACUCGGCCCAGUUCCCUUCUCGUUUCUAAAGUGGCGAAUAACACAGUUUGCGUGGGACGGUACGGAAAGGCACUCUUGCCGCUUUUAUUUCUUAUGUAGACGCUGAAGUGCCACAAUAAACAGACAAACGACUUCGCCUUUGUUGGAUCGUCGAGUUUUAUAGCAACCGCAGGUCACUCUUCGGAUGGAAGGUAAGCCUCCUCAUUCCUUGCUACCAACACGCGCGAAAGUGCGCGGAAAAAUUCCCUCGCGCGAGGUAUCUUCUCAUUUAGUCGAUUUUUGUUUUAGCUGAUUAGAAUUUUGUUUUGAACUGCGAUAUGGUAGUUAACUAUAAAGCAUUUUUAGAUUCAGGCAACUCCCUUUUAAAAUCCCACACUUAAUCGGAACAUUUUCCAUUUUUUCCUUUCUCUCUAGCAAUGUCUGCCUUUGGGACACGCUGAUUCCUCAAAAUAGUUCACUUGUUCACGGUAAGACAUUUUUCUGAAAAUAAAAUUCGUUUUCAGCAUAUCUAGGAUGUGUCUAGCCUGCGCUACAGACGAAACUGAAUUAUGGUUAAGUCAACCUUCAAAACAGCGCCGAAAUCCUCAUUCUGGGCUCCCCACCUAUGUACCGAGAAUUGAGUAUGUUCCAUGAUUGGCCUGUUAAAAAAGCCGUUGCCGAUUUGCCAGUCAGGUUGAAAGGAAAUUCAAAACGCACUGGAAUCUUUUGGAGGUCCAGAACAAGGAACUCGUCGCUGCUUCGCAGACGUUAAUAACCGGGGUUAGAUUUCGUCUGCGACGCAUGCUAGGGUGUGUCAGGUCCUUACGCGUCGUCCAAGUAAAUAACCCUUUUUCUUUCAUUUCUUUUUUCAGCAUUUAUUUGCCAUGAAAGCGGAGCUCCCUGUCUUGCCUAUGUUCCCGGUCAGCAGCUUCUCAUUUCAGGAGGUCGAAAAGGAAAUAUUUGUAUCCUUGUGUUUUAGAAGAAAUUGUGCCAAUCUGUCAAUAGCGUAGCCUCGUUUUGGUCGUAAGUGUGGCCUACGUGAAGUCAGAUAAAUAUCGAGUGCAGCUAAAUGUCGUGGGUCGUGGGAAGAGGUCGUGGGUCGUGGGUCGUGGGUGUGGGUAUAUGUCGUGGGUAAAAAACAAAGUAUAGAAAAAAGAAGAGAAUUAAAAAAAAAUUACAAAUUUUACAGAAAAAAAUUGUGAAACUCAUGAAAAGAAAAUCUCCACUUACACACCAGCCCCAUUCCCAUUCUCCGCGUUCAGCAAAGCAAAUAUUAAAGCGAAUCCUUAGUACAAACGGACACAUAAAAAACCUUGAAAGUGUAAAGUCAUACGGCUAUAAAAAUGCAAAUGAAAAGAAAACCCUCAAUAAAAUUUACAGUUUCUCCUUAACUUGAAAGGUUGAACAUGAAGAUGGUUUCUUCGUAUGCUAAGUGACCUGAAACUUUUUUAAGAGAGACUCGCCCAAAGAUAUGAAAUAGCUCAAAAUUGUCCUUUUUUCCCCUCAUUGCGUUUUCCGAUCUUCCUCUUCCCUUUUCCACGAUGAUCGCAUUCCAUCGUGUUAACAAAUCUCCGCUGAUCAUUGGAAUUGUAGAUCGAAUAAAGAUUAAGUGAGCAGCUAUUUCCAUUCAGCGAGCCAGAGCUGUUGCAUUAACUUUCUGCAAAUUGCAUGUUUCGUCAUAUUUUACAUCUGAUUCGUUUAUUUCGCGGUGAUUGCUCAGGUAUGGAUAAAUCUUUGCUGACCGCGGGGAAGGAGAAUGGGACUGGUGUGUACGCGGAGAUUUUCGUUUCAUUAAUUUUACAUUUUUUUCUAUUUACUUUGGUAAUUUUUAUUUUUAUUUUGUUAAUUCUCUUAUUUUUUUCUAUACUUUUUUCAUACCCAGACCAUUUACCCGAGGAGAUUUUUAAUUGAUAAAAUCAAUAAUCAAGAACUUUUUUUAUUUAUUUAUUUUAUUUUUAUUCUAUACUUUUUUUUACCCACGACAUUUACCCACACCUACACCCACACCCACAAUCCACGACCUCUACCCACUACCCACGACAUUUAUCUACACUCAUAAGUAUCUGACUUACAUGAGUCCGACAGCAAGAGCGUAGAUAUAACAUGGACCAAAAUCAGGAACAAGUCUUGUUCUCGUAAACGAUCGCUUGAAGGUGUUUUAAGAGAAGGCUGUGCGUGUUGUUGUCUUCAACACAGUCGUUAUUUCGGUCCUGAUCCACCGCUCCUACCUCGUUGCUUUACAACCAAAGUAACGGCUACGUAGGGGACUAGAAGAGUUGCUAUUAUACAUUGUACGGACUGUCUGUCUUCUCAUUGACUAAGAGCCUACAUUUGUUUUUGGAAACCAGCACAACCAACAGAUUGGUGACUACUCUCUAGGUUGCGCGCGCAAUGCAUGCUUCCCAAGGGCAAUGUCAAACUUCAGUGCGACGGUGGGUUUGUCGUUAUUUAUUAUAAAACAAUUAUUAGAUUCGGUUUUCGUUUUAUCUGGAAUAAUCAAGGUCGAGGAAAAUGUUAUCAGCCGAGCCCGAAAACCUCGACCUUGAUUAUUCCGGAUAUCUCAAAACCCUUAUCCAAUAAUUGUUUACAAAUAACAUUUAAAAAAGUCGCAGGACUGAAAUGAAAGCUACUUCACAAGUUACCUGUUCAGUUACUCAAUCAAUUUGAUUCCAAUAGUUUUCUCCUUUUGAUAUGUGGAUAUGUCUCCCCCCAAAAAAAACAAUUAUGAGAAAAAAAAUGGGAAGUAGGCCGGGAGGGGGGGCAAAGAGUUGGCUCUUUAAUGUUUUGCUUGGGUAGUCCUUAGACCCGCUAAAGGUAACCAUUUUGCCUUGACUCAUGGGAGGUAUUUUUGAUUUGCGGCAGCGGCAGCUGAGACACACUUUUUUAGCUCAUGACGCCCCGGUUAAAAGUAUAGUUGUGGACGAAAACGAGGAGUUCUUCAUUUCUGGUUCAGAAGAUGGAGAUAUUAAGGUAACUACAAGCCGCACUUCUAAAUUACGGGCUAUUUAUUCACCUUUUACUUAAGUUCAAAACGUGUUCUCAAAGCAUUGCCUAGUCCACGUACGGCGUUUUUCCAGGCCUUCUCGGUCAAUUCACUUCCUUGACGUGUUCGAGGCGAACAGGCAGGAAACGCCUCACUUCUUCGCUUGGACCACGUGACCCGAAACGCAUUAGCCGCGCGGAGGAAUGAGGCCUAGGGACUAGGCAACUCAAUGCAUUGUGAAUACUCUAUCCAAUGCGUUUACAAUGAAUGACGCAGUGGAUUUACUGACAUAAAAAAAUGUGUAGACAAAGUCUGGAGGAAAGUGAGGAAGCCUUUUUAACGCAUCUCCCUUGCCCCACACUACAAAAACCCCUACCCCCUUCCUCUUUAAAUUUCUGCGAUUUAUGGAAAUCAAGCCAGUGUGUUGUUCUAUACAGACCCUUGUCGACUGAGUGACUAAAUUAAGGAAUUGGUAUAUCUUUCUGUUAGGUUUGGGGGUUAGCUGUGCAUGAAGAAUUGGAGUCUUAUCCAAAAGAACACGGCAGAGGAGCGUAUCUCCUCAAAUACGGGACUCAGGGUGUGGCUCUUAUGCACCUACAGCCCAAUGGUCAACUGUUUUCGUGCGGUGGAGACGGCACUGUCAAAUGCAGACAGCUGUCAAUAAGAGAAACUAUCGUCAACACCAAGUUACCUUGA